CAUAAUCCUACCACUCCAAAGUUGCACUGCUAUUUGGAGAGUGCUGUUUUGGUGACAGUAAUGUUAACACUGUCAUAGUAACAGAACGUGGAAGGUAUAGACUUGGAGGCUACUUUUUAAGCUAGUAUUGCACAUACUGGCUAGAGCCAUGAGUAUUCUCCCAGUCUUGGUACUGACGGCCCUGUGCCUCUUCGCCAGCGUAUCAUCUGAUAAAGGUAAAUAUGGUUUCAUUAUACAUUUAUCAAAAAAAUCACUGUAUCUUUUAUUGGAAAAUAGUAUUUAUAUGUUUAUGCUCUGGAUUUUGUCAGGGUUUCGGACAAAAAAAUAACAUUUUGCUCUGAAGAUUUAAUUAUCGGUUCUGUUCGUAAUAGCAAUGAUUUAUUCUUCAGCUACUUGGAUAGACACUACAGUUCGUUUUAUUAUAUUUUCUAAAAAUUUGCGUCUUGUUAUUUUGUUUUCUAGCUUUUCUGCAUUAUUACACUUUAAUUUGAACAAAAUACUAUAAAUCUAUCCUAAGUCUGUCCUAAGUUAUCUUUCAUUAUUUAUCGUCAACCCAUGCCAUCAGCAAUUCUUGUCUUGAAAGAUGCUAUGCAGCCAUAUCCUACCCUUGAAUUUCUAAUGCAAUGAUGCUAAAAAGGCAAGUCAUUCAAUUUCAAUGGUGGAUCUUCUAGACUAUUGGUAUUGAUGAAAUAGAUAGUUAUCAGUACCCCAAAACCAACAACAUAAAUAGAUUGGUCUCUGAGGUUUCCCAAACUUGCUAAACCAUUUUCACUACUUUAUGCUUAAAAUAAAUUACCUAAAAUAUAUAUAUAUUUUUUAUUGAUGCACAGCUUUUUCAACGUGUUUUUGAAUAUAUGGAAAUUAUAUAAUUUUUUAAAAUUAAUAUUUGUAAUGCACAACUUGUUCUUAAGUAAUUACCUAUUCUUUGCCAAAUAGACUUUAGCAAUUUUGAAGAAAAAAAAAUUAAAAAUAGCAAUUAUUUUUAAUGUUCACAGAAAUUAAUGCUUACAGGAAUGAAUGCUUAUAUCUCAAAAAGUCAAAUGCAGGCAUUGACCACAAUAUGGCAUCUACACUCUUUGUAGCCACUAAAUAGUGUUUUGUUAUGAUUACAUACAUGCAAAACUUGUCAAAGCACUAGAACGUUUAGUGAAUGAGCCACAAAAUGAUUUCUCUUUUUACUUGAAGUUGUUAAGUGUUAGAUCAUAUAAGCUUUACAAUGUUCAUAAAGACUUUAAUUUGGCAGAAGACACACGCUGAUCAAAUAAUUUAUAUCUGUUCGUUUCUGGACAAAAAGGUGAAUUAAAAAUAAAAACAACAACAUUUUUUUUUUUAAAUAAAUGGAUUAUCUAGGAAAAAGCUAUUUUCCAUAGGCCUUUGUAUUAAUUACUUAUAAAUAUUUUAAGGAUCUAGAUAUCAUCAAAUCAUCAAAAACAUUAAACAGCAAGUUGUAAAAAAAACCUCAAUUCAUCAAUAAUUGUAUAUUUAUGUAUUUCCUGGUGAGUAUCACAUACAAAAUAUACCCUGUCCAGUCCAUACAAUGUUUCUUUUAUCUUGUUAGUGUAUUCUUUUAAGUUUGACAGCCUUUAUGUCUUAAAGUGUACCCCUAGGCAAGUUAUGCUAGGAACCAACACACCUUUCUGCCCAUAGGCACUAAAUCUAGCUAGACCAGAAUUUUAAGAUUUGCAGCAUUCAAAACUGCAUAUUUCAUGAAAGUGGACUGCCAGAAUGAGAACAAUUCACUGACUAUGUGUUUAAGUGUUGACUUUUAGCAGAGAUAACAUCUCAUUGGGCAGCCCUAAGGCUAUAGUGUCCUAUAUGUAGGACUGCACUACCAUCCUUAAAAUCUGUCAUCUUGGUAGAACAUGAACAGGUCUGGUGACCCAUGCACUGCAACUUACUGGAGACCAACCUACUGCUGCCAUAUAUGCAGAGUUGAAAAAAUAGGAGUUUAUAAAUUAAAUUCUGAAACAGAAUAGCAACAUUUGAACAAAAAUAGUUUAUCAGAAUAUAUUUUCACUUCCAGCAAUAGUCACAGACAGCUUGGGUACUUUAACUUGAAUUAACAUGUCCGAGCAGGGGUAGGCAACUUUCGGCACUCCAGAUGUUGUGGACUACAUCUCCCCUGAUGCUUUGCCAGCAUUAUGAUUGUAACAGCAUUAUCGGAGGUGUAGUCUACAACAAUAUCUGGAGUGCCGAAGGCUGCCUGCCCCUUAUGUAGACUAUGUUUAAUUCAGCAAUACUCAGUCUUAUGCUGUGGAGGUCUUCAAUACCCAUGAUGACUCACAGCCAGCCUACAGCCUAUUCUGCUGCUAAGUCCUGCUGUGGCUGACUUAAAAUGACUAGAUUUGCAGUUGUAAGUAUAUUAUAUAUGUACAUUAUUGGCGUAACAUAAACAAUCUGGACACAAGCCAGUUUGAUUCUUGCUGGUUUUCUUUUUCGCAAAGCAAAAAAAGAAAAAUGAAACAGAACAAUCAAACCUGUUUUUCCUCGAAUGCAGGACAAUCAUCAUUUCUGCUUCUUAACAAUUAUAUAUUAUAUAUCAACUCUCCUGAGAUGCAUGCUGGGAAAAGAUCUAUACUGCAAAACACGGAUAAGCUGUCUACUUAAUACUAAUAAUGGAAUGCACAGCUAAUCAUAUUUCACGUGUUGUAGCACAAAUAGAAGCGAUAUUUAAACACGAAUACACGGGUUUGCCAUGUAGAGUGUCUUGCAGCAUCAAUAUAAUUAAAUGUUUAAGCAUUGUGAAUUGAGCUAGUGAUUCUUUUAAUCUUAUUAAAGUUAUUUAAAGCUCAUAGGGAAUUCAUAGCUCAGGGCAAAAUAAAACUAACAUCAGUUCCACUUGCUUAAUAAAAACAGUUAGCAAUGAGACACUGUGAAGGUUGCUUAACAAAGCGAGAAUUCUUGGGAAUUCCAAUUGAAUUUCAAAUUUAAGGCCAAAAAAGUCAAACCGAAUACUUAUAUGGAUAUGUUUUUUUCAGUUCAGCUACUCUAGCCUUUAAAUUGAAAUGUACCUUGAAUUAAUUCUGAAUUUCCAUCUAAAUUCUGUUUUUUCUGCUUUUCAUACACCUCUAACAAUUUAAUAAAGGGAUCUCCCAGCACGUUUUCCACUGGGAUAAUUAUAACUGCAACACAAAAAUGAAAAUGCUACAAUUUGUAUAAUAGUUUCCUGAAGCAUACUUGUUUAAUUAAGCUUCCAUGAUUAACAUUAUGUAUCACCCAGCUUAUACAGGGAAGGGAUAUAUUGACAUUGGCAUUUAGUUUGUAAUGUCUUAGUCCCUCCUCUCGUAUUCAAAGGUUGAAAGAACAAAUACAUAUAGUUCUGCUUUAGGAAAAAGAAAAAAAACUCAACUUGCUGGUUUGUAAGUGAUUAUUUACUAAGAUAUGACAAAGUGAAAAAAAAUGUGAGGUACUCCCUCAUUUGACUCCCUCUUGACAUGAUUAUAGAAAAAUACAUAAUUUUAAGUGUUAUCCUCACUUAUAAAUCUGAUUUGCUAACACUUACAGUGUUUUCAUUGUUAGUUAAAGUUAAAGAGCAAGAAUUAUGGAGCUGUAUGUAAACAUUGUCACAUAAAAAUAUAAGUGCAAUUUUAUAUGGGAUUCCUCAUUGUAGUGAAGUAGGUGAAGGGUGGAGAAAUGGCUGUAAAUUCUGAGUAUUGAGCAAACACACUUUAUUUAAUGUCCCUUGACUGUCAAGGUCUCUGUGUUUUUAUAAUUACAUAAUGUCGUGUUUAAUAUUAGUACAAGGAAAGGAAUCCCGACAGUCUUCUCCAUUCCUUUUAGUUGGUCUAUUCUAGUGUACCCAUAAAAUGUAAGAUAUAGGGUCACAGGUGGAAUUCAAUUGUCUCAUUUCUCAUUACAAGCCAAUAGCGAUACAUCUGCAAUCCUUAUCAAUACAUUUUGAUUAGUAUAUAAUACAUCUUAGAGUUGUGUAUUAAAAAUUCAGGAAUUUCAAUACUUGGUAGGAAAAUAUGUAGACCUGAGAACUGAUUUUAGGCCAAAAUAGAUUAAAUGUGCUGUUUGUAUGAGUUAAAUAUUAUAAUUAACCUUGUAUGUUGCCAAUGGUUUUCCAGUUGCAUGUUACAGUGUAUUGUGAUAAACAAACUACGGUUUUAAAACUGCAUGUUUUGAAAAAGUGCUAUACCAGGACUACAGAACACCAUUGUUUCUCUAUAUACAUUCAAAUUACAUCAAAUUAGGUGCAAAAAGUGAUGAUUUUAUUUUUUCUUUCCUGCAGCAAGUUGCACAUUUAAUGGAAAGACCUUCAAAGAUGGAGAGACAAUUCUUGACAACUGCGAGAUAUGGUAAGACACUUAAUGUUAAUGUUAAUCUAAAAAACACUUAGUGUUAAUUUAGGGAGACAUCGUAAAGGAAAAUUAAAAUGUAAAUAUUCUCGAUAACAUAAUAAUUUGCAUGUUUUCAAAUGAGAGCAGUAGCAUAAUGACUAUAGCUAGUAAUGUAUAAAUGGGAGUAUUAUGGGACAUCACAUAUCCACUAACGUUUGAGUUGACUUACCCAAUGUCGCAUUGAAACAGAUGUCAUAGGCAGUAAAUCAAUGUCAACAAUGAACUAAAGGCCUGUCAGUUAAAAUGUCUAUCACUGUGUAAGCCAACACAUUUUGGAAGAAUAUGACCUUUGCUAUUAUAAAUAUGAUGAAAUGGAUACUCACUAAGUCCAAACUUUUGGCCAGCUUCCCUGAACAGGCAGUGUUACUUGUUCAAAUUGGGAAUUAAAGUCCCAAAGCUGCUGAUAUCGUGAACGGAAACACAGCAAAGAGAAAGAAAAUCCAUACAGUCGUCUGUAUGAAUUCCAACAAUUAUCGGAUACCUUCUAAAUUUCCAUGUUCGUAUAUUUGAUAAUGUUUCUUAUACUUAUGCAGGACAUACAUUUUUUUUAGGUAACUAGCCUCUUACAAAUGCAAUCAAUUCAACAACUCCUGUUGUGUUCUACUUAUUUGUCUUAGCUAUGCAAUCGUGUUUUCAAAUAAAUGUCAAGAUGACUUUUUUUUAAGGAAAAAAACGCUUGUCAAUAAAUUGAAAAGAAAUUAGGCGCACAUUUAAACAGUAAGACAAUUUCAAUAUUUUCAUGUAUUUUCUUUGCAGUGAGUGUGUCGAUGGAGAAAUAAAAGACUGCUCAGUAAAUGCAAACUGCAAAGGUAAAACUCUUUUUAAUUUAUAAUGAAUUGUUUUAUUUUGAAAUGUAAUUAUAAUAGUACUCUUUAUCUUCUUCAAAACCUUAGGCAAACCACCUUAUAUUAUGGUAGUCCUUGCGUGUGUCAUGAAAAGGUUAAAAUAAAAGCCUUUUCUGAUAGCAUCCCUUCCAUGCCAUAUCUGUCAUGUGAUCUGCUUUUGAACAAAUGCAUGUUAUGCCAUUUGUUACUAAAUUCUCGUAUUUGUUAAAGUAUAAAAAGUAAAAGCUUGAAAACGUAGUCCUGUGGGUUGUUUUCGACAAUGCCUACAAUCUCUCAGCCGGAACGUAACCCAGCAAGUUUUCAGAUUCACUGAGUGAGGAUUGGAGAAAAAAAACAGGUUAAGGGUGCUGUACUUUUAAAUAAUCUUAAUCAUACACAUACCAAAAAGAUAGAGAGGCUUACAUAUUUAAAUGUCUCGUCAAGCAUCUUAUUUCCACCACGUAUCGAAAUGUACCUGUUUUCUGAAUUUAAACCAGAGAUGGUGACUCAACAAGAAGAACCCAAUGCUGCUAUUGAUUAUGAAGAUGACCCAAAUGUAAUUGGAAGCAGCAAUGGGAAUUCCUCAAAUCGUAAAAAGCGUGACUUGCUUCGACACCAGGAAAUGAAAGUCAACUUUCCAAAUGUUGCGCGUAAGUAUGGACACCAUCAAAACAUUCCAUCACAUAGAGUUUAUUGAGUACAUAUUUAGCACUGGCAAGUAGAAAAUUACCCCUGGUGAGCAUUAUGUGUAGCUAAUUGUGCUCAUGUUUUUCCCACCCUUCACUUAGAAUUGAGAGCAUUCAAGUAAGUAGGCCUGAUGUUAUAACUGAUCAUGGGAAUUUUUAUGCCAUAAAGGGACACUUCACUGCCCAAAUAAAAACACAGUUUAGUAGUGAUUCAAAAUAAAAACAUUCAUACCUUUAAUUAUGCAUUUUUCAUAUCGAAAAGCAUUUUGCAAAAGCUGCAGUUAUCUUGUCUGAAGCCUUUUGAAGCUUCAGACUUUCAGUGUCUGUCCAACCACUGACAUCUCAAUGCAGCUCAAUGAGAAGGCUUUGCAAGGCAGAUGCUCUGAGCAAUUGCUACUUCUUGAGUUUAGCUCCACUGAGCUAAACAUCCCAGGAAGAAACAUGACAUGUUGUCAGUUUGAUAACCAUGGGGGUGUAAUAAGGUUAAUUUACAAAAGUGACAAUUUCUAUUGAACUCUACACUUUGUGUAAAAUGAAAGAGAGAGGACACACUUGCACAUAAAGCACUUCAGCAAGCUAAAGUACUUUGGUGUCCAGAGUGUCCUUUUAAUCCAUUUCUGAUAUGAUGACAUAUACUGUGCUGUUAAAGGAUUGUGUCUUGUGAUUACAUUGUCUUAAAAUAGGACUCCAUGCUGGAACGCACAUAUUCUGUUUAUAAAGAUUUGUUUAGAUAGUGCAUUAAUAAUGUGCAAAAGUUCCAAAAUAAUAAAAUGCACAAAAGUUACUUAAGUUUGAUUGAAUUCCCCAUAGUUAACAUAAACUGCAAGACACGAUCAAUCAGUCGGGAUGUUCUUAUGUUUUCUGUAGAACAUUUCAAAGUGCCGACUUUAUCCCAUAAAUCUCUGCACAGAAUAGCUUUAUGGACAGAACAGGGGUUGCUGGAAAUUGUAAUUCAGUUAUCAGAUUUUGUAUUUAUGAAAAAACUCACAAAAAACAUGUGCUGGAUUUACUGUUGCCAUAAACAACUGUGUGAUAACAUGAAACAACUAUGCAGGAGAUACAGUGCAGGUUGAGAGAGACAGUAAUCAAGAAAAAUGUACAGACAGUAAGCAGGAAGAAGGAAGUAUUUUAGAAUGGAGGAAGUAGAAUUAGGGGAGUAGGGAGGGUUAAGAUGUCAAAUUUUGCUAAAACAUCUAGUAAUUUCAACUAUACAAAAUUGAGCAUGCAAAAUACAGCCAAUUAUUUAAGCCACAAUCUGUAGAAUGCAUGAAAGUUUUGUUGGUAACAGGAGUGUCGAUUUAAUGUUCUUGGAUUUUUUUUUUUUUUUUAUCUGAAAUAUAUUGUACUGAAAAGUAUAAUUUGAUGGGUCAUUACAAUUUUCUAAUGUUACAGAAACAAAAUCAUCUGGUGGUUUCGAAGCAAGAGCUGCUAUGCAAAGUCAUGGCGGUUUAUUUAGCGGUGGAUCACAAUCCAGCAUUUCACAGCAAGGACAAGGUGAGUUACAGCUUGUGAUGCACAAAUUUAGUUGGUUUGCCAUUUUAGUAGUAAUAUGAAACCUGAAAAAUGUUUCCUUUUAAAGGGAACUGUCACUUCCCCAUUUAAAAAUUAUGUUUACUGGCUCCCUAUAUAUAACAAAUAUUUAUUUUGGAGGUGUGAAAAUAAAAUGUGUAAAUUAGCACCUAUUUAUCCUGCGACUGGGUGCCUCCAUCUUAGCUCUCUAUCAGUCACUGUCAUAAGUUCUGUCUUUACACCAACGGCUGUUAGAGCAUUAUAAAAAAGGUAGUUCACAACAUCUGGAUUGCUGAAGGUUGGCUACUCCUGGCUUAGAAUGAACUUGAGUUUGACUUAAUUUGCAAAAAUGUCAAUAUAUAUUGGGGGGAAGAAAAACAGAGCAAAUUUAUGGUAUAGUUUCUUGAGAACUGACUGAAAAACAAAAUAUGUUUCACUAUCACCUUUUAUUCAGGUGUUUUGUUUCAUUGUAUUGUCUCUAUGAAAUUAACAUCAAUAAUGCAGAAACUAAAUGUGUCUCCUAUUUAUUGCAGUGGGUUUUGGUGUUGGCGGUUUACAUUUGGGAGGCUCUGUCCAAGGUGGAUCCAGUUUUAGCAGCAGAAGCAGCGACUCACAAGCAAAUGGUAAGUUCUAACUCAUAGUUACUCAUUUUAGAUGGUCAGAUCCAUAGAAUAUCUGCAAUAUUUUCUUCACAGUCACCUGAUUUGAGGUAAGGAAAAUUAAACAAUUGCUUAGCACUUACAACGGCACAAAGCAUCUCUAAGUAUAUCUAAAUGAUAACCUUUUCCAAAAAUGUUUUGCUUACAAUUUCUAAACAAAAUAUUUCGAUGGAUUUUUUAAAUGCAAAGAGAUGAAUAUGCAGAACCUUUAUAACAUAAAUAAUGAUUUGAUAUUACCUUUUGUUCCUUAUAGGAAAUGCUGCAAUUGGAGGUCUCCAAGUAGGGGGUUCAUUAGGUCAUAAAAGCGGCAUCAGUGAAUCUCAUAGUGGUGGUGCGAAUGGUGGUGUAGAAGGUAGACAAAGUAAGUUAACAUCUUUUUGAAACAAGUAAUAAUAGUCACACACAUAAAAUGAAUUCAAACUGAACUUUAAAUGAAAGGCGGGGGUGGCUGAACUAGAAACAAUUGUCAUACCAGCUAUAUAUCUAGUUCACCUAACAUUAGUCUUAAAUAUAACAUUCACUUUCACUUUUUAAGUCACAUCUAAUUCUCUCCCAAGAUUAAAAUAAAUCCACUGAAGUUCACAAGUAAAUAUUUAUUUUGAUUAGUUGGUUUGAAUGGAAAUCUACAAGCUGGAUGUACCAAUCUAGAGCAGGGAGCUGGAGUAGGUCUUGGGCAUCAUGAAUCUAGCACUAUCAAGAAUGACAAGGCAGAUAUUGGUGGAGAUGUCAAUAGAAGAAUAGAAAGAGGGAAACUCCCUUCAAAUCCCUACAAAUAAAAAUAUGUAAUAACAUCUUCAAAGCUUAAAGCUUUGAGUGUUGAUUGUAUUCACUUCAUAUCAAAUAUAUAACCAUUUUUUAAUUCAACCCUGAAUGGCUUCAUUUACAAUUUGUAGUGUCAACCAGAAAGUGGUAGAUGGAGUUAGUCAAAGAUUCAGUGCUAGCUAGACAGAAAAGAAAACAAUCAUUGUGGAAGAUGUAAGGGAAAGAAAAGAUGGAAGCAAACAUAACUAAACUCCCCUCUCUCCAAAUAUUUGUAAUACCAGUUUGGAUUCCAAUAACCUCUUUUUACAAAAUACCUUUUUCAUAAAAACAUGGAAUUAUUUCAAUAUUAAAAUAUGAAACCACAAAGGCUAAUAUUUUUUUUUUAAUUUGUUUAAUCAGAAUCACUUGGCCCGAAUGAGGUUGUAAAUAUUGGUGGGAUAAAGUUAAAACUUGGAGGUGGAAUUAACCUAUGUCACCAUUAAUUCUGUACUAGCUGGGAAGGAAAAAAGACAAUCAUUGGUAGAGAUGUGAGUGGAGAAUUAGAAGGAAGGAAAUAUUAGUAAAGUUUUUAUAAAAUUUUAUUUCAGCUUCUCCCACUUCUAAUGGUUUUGAGAACACAUUUCUCAUACAUUUUCAGAAUUACAAUAUAAACCAACACACGCUAAUAGAUGUUUAAAUUUGUUUAAUAGAUUCAGUUGGCCUGAAUAGUGAUGUAGAACUUAGUGGUGCAAAAAUAGAACUUGGAGGUGGAGAAGGCCAUAGAAACCAUGUAUUCAGUACUAGCUGGGAAGGGAAGAAGACAAUUAUUGGUGGACGUGUGAGCGAAGAAACAGAAGGAAGCAAACAUUAGCAAAGCUCUUGUGACAAAUUAUUUCCGCUUUGUUUACACUAUUAGUUUUUGAAGAAAACAUUUCUCUUAAUUUCUGGGAUUACAAAAUUAAUUCACACAUACUAAUAGUUGUUUUAAUUUGUUUAACUAGAUUCAGUUGGCCUGAAUGGCAAUAUAAAAAUUGGUGGUGCAAAAAUAGAACUUGGAGGUGGAGAAGGUCAUGGACACAGUGAAUUCAGUACUAGCUGGGAAGGGAAGAAGACAAUCAUUGGUGGAGGUGUGAGCGGAGAAAUAGAAGGAAGCAAACGUUAGUAAAGUUUGUUUUUUAAUGGAAUUUAAUUUCAGCUUUUCCUACUUCUGGUUGUUUUGAGAACACAUUUCUCAUACAUUUUCAGAAUUACAAUAUAAACCAACAAAUGCAAAUAGUUGUUUAAAUGUGUUUAAAUAGAUUCAGUUGGCCUGAAUGGCAAUGUAGAAAUUAGUGGUGCCAAAAUAGAACUUGGAGGUGGAGAAGGUCAUGGACUGCAUGAAUUCAGUACUAGCUGGGAAGGGAAGAAGACAAUCAUUGGUGGAGGUGUGAGCGGAAAAAUAGAAGGAAGCAAACGUUAGUAAAUCUUUCUGUAUAAUGUUACUUUGUUUCAAAUGCUCUCCAUUAUUAAAAUAUUAAAAAUAAAAUAGAUUUAUAUAGUAACCCAGAAAAGCUUACAGUAUUCAAUUCAUAUAAUUAGAUUCACUUGGUUUGAAUGGUGAUGUAGAACUUGGUGGUGCAAAAAUAGAACUUGGAGGUGGAGAAGGUCAUGGACACCGUGAAUUCAGUACUAGCUGGGAAGGGAAGAAGACAAUCAUUGGUGGAGGUGUGAGCGGAGAAAUAGAAGGAAGCAAACGUUAGUAAAGUUUGUUUUUUAAUGGAAUUUAAUUUCAGCUUUUCCUACUUCUGGUUGUUUUGAGAACUCAUUUCUCAUACAUUUUCAGAAUUACAAUAUGAACCAGCUAAUGCUAAUAGAUGUUUAAAUAUGUUUAAUUAGAUUCAGUUGGCCUGAAUGGCAAUGUAGAAAUUGGUGGUGCCAAAAUAGAACUUGGAGGUGGAGAAGGUCAUGGACACCGUGAAUUCAGUACUAGCUGGGAAGGGAAGAAGACAAUCAUUGGUGGAGGUGUGAGCGGAGAAAUAGAAGGAAGCAAACGUUAGUAAAUCUUUCUAUAUAAUGUUACUUUGUUUCCAAAUUCCUUCUAUAGUGAAAUAUUAAAAAUAAAAUAGAUUUAUAUAUAAUUUUACAAAAGCUAACAGUUUUCAAUUCAUACAAUUAGAUUCACUUGGUUUGAAUGGCAAUGUAGAACUAGGUGGUGCAAAAAUAGAACUUGGAGGUGGAGAACGUCAUGGACACCGUGAAUUCAGUACUAGCUGGGAAGGGAAGAAGACAAUCAUUGGUGGAGGUGUGAGCGGAGAAAUAGAAGGAAGCAAACGUUAGUAAAGUUUGUUUUUUUAUGGAAUUUAAUUUCAGCUUUUCCUACUUCUGGUUGUUUUGAGAACUCAUUUCUCAUACAUUUUCAGAAUUACAAUAUGAACCAACAAAUGCUAAUAGUUGUUUAAAUGUGUUUAAUUAGAUUCAGUUGGCCUGAAUGGCAAUGUAGAAAUUGGUGGUGCCAAAAUAGAACUUGGAGGUGGAGAAGGUCAUGGACACAGUGAAUUCAGUACUAGCUGGGAAGGGAAGAAGACAAUCAUUGGUGGAGGUGUGAGCGGAGAAAUAGAAGGAAGCAAACGUUAGUAAAUCUUUCUAUAUAUUGUUAAUUUGUUUCUAAUUCAUUCUUUAGUGAAAUAUUAAAAAUAAAAUAGAUUUACAUAUUAAUCCACAAAAGCUAACAGUUUUCAAUUCAUAUAAUUAGAUUCACUUGGUUUGAAUGGCAAUGUAGAACUUGGUGGUGCAAAAAUAGAACUUGGAGGUGGAGAAGGUCAUGGACACCGUGAAUUCAGUACUAGCUGGGAAGGGAAGAAGACAAUCAUUGGUGGAGGUGUGAGCGGAGAAAUAGAAGGAAGCAAACGUUAGUAAAGUUUGUUUUUUAAUGGAAUUUAAUUUCAGCUUUUCCUACUUCUGGUUGUUUUGAGAACACAUUUCUCAUACAUUUUCAGAAUUACAACAUGAACCAACUAAUGCUAAUAGUUGUUUAAAUGUGUUUAAUUAGAUUCAGUUGGCCUGAAUGGCAAUGUAGAAAUUGGUGGUGCCAAAAUAGAACUUGGAGGUGGAGAAGGUCAUGGACAGCAUGAAUUCAGUACUAGCUGGGAAGGGAAGAAGACAAUCAUUGGUGGAGGUGUGAGCGGAGAAAUAGAAGGAAGCAAACGUUAGUAAAUCUUUCUAUAUAUUGUUAAUUUGUUUCUAAUUCCCUUCUUUAGUGAAAUAUUAAAAAUAAAAUAGAUUUACAUAUUAAUCCACAAAAGCUAACAGUUUUCAAUUCAUAUAAUUAGAUUCACUUGGUUUGAAUGGCAAUGUAGAACUUGGUGGUGCAAAAAUAGAACUUGGAGGUGGAAAAGGUCAUGGACACCGUGAAUUCAGUACUAGCUGGGAAGGGAAGAAGACAAUCAUUGGUGGAGGUGUGAGCGGAGAAAUAGAAGGAAGCAAAAGUUAGUAAAUUUUGUUUUUUAAUGGAAUUUAAUUUCAGCUUUUCCUACUUCUGGUUGUUUUGAGAACACAUUUCUAAUACAUUUUCAGAAUUACAACAUGAACCAACUAAUGCUAAUAGUUGUUUAAAUGUGUUUAAUUAGAUUCAGUUGGCCUGAAUGGCAAUGUAGAAAUUGGUGGUGCCAAAAUAGAACUUGGAGGUGGAGAACAUCAUGGACACCGUGAAUUCAGUACUAGCUGGGAAGGGAAGAAGACAAUCAUUGGUGGAGGUGUGAGCGGAGAAAUAGAAGGAAGCAAACGUUAGUAAAUCUUUCUAUAUAUUGUUAAUUUGUUUCUAAUUCCCUUCUUUAGUGAAAUAUUAAAAAUAAAAUAGAUUUACAUAUUAAUCCACAAAAGCUAACAGUUUUCAAUUCAUAUAAUUAGAUUCACUUGGUUUGAAUGGCAAUGUAGAACUUGGUGGUGCAAAAAUAGAACUUGGAGGUGGAGAACAUCAUGGACACCGUGAAUUCAGUACUAGCUGGGAAGGGAAGAAGACAAUCAUUGGUGGAGGUGUGAGCGGAGAAAUAGAAGGAAGCAAACGUUAGUAAAGUUUGUUUUUUAAUGGAAUUUAAUUUCAGCUUUUCCUACUUCUGGUUGUUUUGAGAACUAAUUUCUCAUACAUUUUCAGAAUUACAAUAUGAACCAACAAAUGCUAAUAGUUGUUUAAAUGUGUUUAAUUAGAUUCAGUUGGCCUGAAUGGCAAUGUAGAAAUUGGUGGUGCCAAAAUAGAACUUGGAGGUGGAGAAGGUCAUGGACACAGUGAAUUCAGUACUAGCUGGGAAGGGAAGAAGACAAUCAUUGGUGGAGGUGUGAGCGGAGAAAUAGAAGGAAGCAAACGUUAGUAAAGUUUGUUUUUUAAUGGAAUUUAAUUUCAGCUUUUCCUACUUCUGGUUGUUUUGAGAACACAUUUCUCAUACAUUUUCAGAAUUACAACAUGAACCAACUAAUGCUAAUAGUUGUUUAAAUGUGUUUAAUUAGAUUCAGUUGGCCUGAAUGGCAAUGUAGAAAUUGGUGGUGCCAAAAUAGAACUUGGAGGUGGAAAAGGUCAUGGACAGCAUGAAUUCAGUACUAGCUGGGAAGGGAAGAAGACCAUCAUUGGUGGAGGUGUGAGCGGAGAAAUAGAAGGAAGCAAACGUUAGUAAAUCUUUCUAUAUAUUGUUAAUUUGUUUCUAAUUCCAUUCUUUAGUGAAAUAUUAAAAAUAAAAUAGAUUUACAUAUUAAUCCACAAAAGCUAACAGUUUUCAAUUCAUAUAAUUAGAUUCACUUGGUUUGAAUGGCAAUGUAGAACUUGGUGGUGCCAAAAUAGAACUUGGAGGUGGAGAAGGUCAUGGACACCGUGAAUUCAGUACUAGCUGGGAAGGGAAGAAGACAAUCAUUGGUGGAGGUGUGAGCGGAGAAAUAGAAGGAAGCAAACGUUAGUAAAGUUUGUUUUUUAAUGGAAUUUAAUUUCAGCUUUUCCUACUUCUGGUUGUUUUGAGAACUAAUUUCUCAUACAUUUUCAGAAUUACAAUAUGAACCAACUAAUGCUAAUAGUUGUUUAAAUGUGUUUAAUUAGAUUCAGUUGGCCUGAAUGGCAAUGUAGAAAUUGGUGGUGCCAAAAUAGAACUUGGAGGUGGAGAAGGUCAUGGACAGCAUGAAUUCAGUACUAGCUGGGAAGGGAAGAAGACAAUCAUUGGUGGAGGUGUGAGCGGAGAAAUAGAAGGAAGCAAACGUUAGUAAAUCUUUCUAUAUAUUGUUAAUUUGUUUCUAAUUCCCUUCUUUAGUGAAAUAUUAAAAAUAAAAUAGAUUUACAUAUUAAUCCACAAAAGCUAACAGUUUUCAAUUCAUAUAAUUAGAUUCACUUGGUUUGAAUGGCAAUGUAGAACUUGGUGGUGCAAAAAUAGAACUUGGAGGUGGAAAAGGUCAUGGACACCGUGAAUUCAGUACUAGCUGGGAAGGGAAGAAGACAAUCAUUGGUGGAGGUGUGAGCGGAGAAAUAGAAGGAAGCAAAAGUUAGUAAAUUUUGUUUUUUAAUGGAAUUUAAUUUCAGCUUUUCCUACUUCUGGUUGUUUUGAGAACACAUUUCUCAUACAUUUUCAGAAUUACAACAUGAACCAACUAAUGCUAAUAGUUGUUUAAAUGUGUUUAAUUAGAUUCAGUUGGCCUGAAUGGCAAUGUAGAAAUUGGUGGUGCCAUAAUAGAACUUGGAGGUGGAGAACAUCAUGGACACCGUGAAUUCAGUACUAGCUGGGAAGGGAAGAAGACAAUCAUUGGUGGAGGUGUGAGCGGAGAAAUAGAAGGAAGCAAACGUUAGUAAAGUUUGUUUUUUAAUGGAAUUUAAUUUCAGCUUUUCCUACUUCUGGUUGUUUUGAGAACUCAUUUCUCAUACAUUUUCAGAAUUACAAUAUGAACCAACUAAUGCUAAUAGUUGUUUAAAUGUGUUUAAUUAGAUUCAGUUGGCCUGAAUGGCAAUGUAGAAAUUGGUGGUGCCAAAAUAGAACUUGGAGGUGGAGAAGGUCAUGGACACCGUGAAUUCAGUACUAGCUGGGAAGGGAAGAAGACAAUCAUUGGUGGAGGUGUGAGCGGAGAAAUAGAAGGAAGCAAACGUUAGUAAAUCUUUCUAUAUAUUGUUAAUUUGUUUCUAAUUCCAUUCUUUAGUGAAAUAUUAAAAAUAAAAUAGAUUUACAUAUUAAUCCACAAAAGCUAACAGUUUUCAAUUCAUAUAAUUAGAUUCACUUGGUUUGAAUGGCAAUGUAGAACUUGGUGGUGCAAAAAUAGAACUUGGAGGUGGAGAACGUCAUGGACACCGUGAAUUCAGUACUAGCUGGGAAGGGAAGAAGACAAUCAUUGGUGGAGGUGUGAGCGGAGAAAUAGAAGGAAGCAAACGUUAGUAAAGUUUGUUUUUUAAUGGAAUUUAAUUUCAGCUUUUCCUACUUCUGGUUGUUUUGAGAACUCAUUUCUCAUACAUUUUCAGAAUUACAAUAUGAACCAACUAAUGCUAAUAGUUGUUUAAAUGUGUUUAAUUAGAUUCAGUUGGCCUGAAUGGCAAUGUAGAAAUUGGUGGUGCCAAAAUAGAACUUGGAGGUGGAGAAGGUCAUGGACACAGUGAAUUCAGUACUAGCUGGGAAGGGAAGAAGACAAUCAUUGGUGGAGGUGUGAGCGGAGAAAUAGAAGGAAGCAAACGUUAGUAAAUCUUUCUAUAUAUUGUUAAUUUGUUUCUAAUUCCAUUCUUUAGUGAAAUAUUAAAAAUAAAAUAGAUUUACAUAUUAAUCCACAAAAGCUAACAGUUUUCAAUUCAUAUAAUUAGAUUCACUUGGUUUGAAUGGCAAUGUAGAACUUGGUGGUGCAAAAAUAGAACUUGGAGGUGGAGAAGGUCAUGGACACCGUGAAUUCAGUACUAGCUGGGAAGGGAAGAAGACAAUCAUUGGUGGAGGUGUGAGCGGAGAAAUAGAAGGAAGCAAACGUUAGUAAAGUUUGUUUUUUAAUGGAAUUUAAUUUCAGCUUUUCCUACUUCUGGUUGUUUUGAGAACACAUUUCUCAUACAUUUUCAGAAUUACAACAUGAACCAACUAAUGCUAAUAGUUGUUUAAAUGUGUUUAAUUAGAUUCAGUUGGCCUGAAUGGCAAUGUAGAAAUUGGUGGUGCCAAAAUAGAACUUGGAGGUGGAAAAGGUCAUGGACAGCAUGAAUUCAGUACUAGCUGGGAAGGGAAGAAGACCAUCAUUGGUGGAGGUGUGAGCGGAGAAAUAGAAGGAAGCAAACGUUAGUAAAUCUUUCUAUAUAUUGUUAAUUUGUUUCUAAUUCCAUUCUUUAGUGAAAUAUUAAAAAUAAAAUAGAUUUACAUAUUAAUCCACAAAAGCUAACAGUUUUCAAUUCAUAUAAUUAGAUUCACUUGGUUUGAAUGGCAAUGUAGAACUUGGUGGUGCCAAAAUAGAACUUGGAGGUGGAGAAGGUCAUGGACACCGUGAAUUCAGUACUAGCUGGGAAGGGAAGAAGACAAUCAUUGGUGGAGGUGUGAGCGGAGAAAUAGAAGGAAGCAAACGUUAGUAAAGUUUGUUUUUUAAUGGAAUUUAAUUUCAGCUUUUCCUACUUCUGGUUGUUUUGAGAACACAUUUCUCAUACAUUUUCAGAAUUACAACAUGAACCAACUAAUGCUAAUAGUUGUUUAAAUGUGUUUAAUUAGAUUCAGUUGGCCUGAAUGGCAAUGUAGAAAUUGGUGGUGCCAAAAUAGAACUUGGAGGUGGAGAAGGACAUGGACAGCAUGAAUUCAGUACUAGGUGGGAAGGGAAGAAGACAAUCAUUGGUGGAGGUGUGAGCUUAGAAAUAGAAGGAAGCAAACGUUAGUAAAUCUUUCUAUAUAUUGUUAAUUUGUUUCUAAUUCCCUUCUUCAGUGAAAUAUUAAAAAUAAAAUAGAUUUACAUAUUAAUCCACAAAAGCUGACAGUUUUCAAUUCAUAUAAUUAGAUUCACUUGGUUUGAAUGGCAAUGUAGAACUUGGUGGUGCAAAAAUAGAACUUGGAGGUGGAGAACAUCAUGGACACCGUGAAUUCAGUACUAGCUGGGAAGGGAAGAAGACAAUCAUUGGUGGAGGUGUGAGCGGAGAAAUAGAAGGAAGCAAACGUUAGUAAAUCUUUCUAUAUAUUGUUAAUUUGUUUCUAAUUCCCUUCUUCAGUGAAAUAUUAAAAAUAAAAUAGAUUUACAUAUCAAUCCACAAACGCUAACAGUUUUCAAUUCAUAUAAUUAAUUUCACUUGGUUUGAAUGGCAAUGUAGAAGUUGGUGGUGCAAAAAUAGAACUUGGAGGUGGAGAAGGUCAUGGACACCGUGAAUUCAGUACUAGCUGGGAAGGGAAGAAGACAAUCAUUGGUGGAGGUGUGGGUGGAGAAAUAGAAGGAAGCAAACGUUAGUAAAGUUUGUUUUUUAAUGGAAUUUAAUUUCAGCUUUUCCUACUUCUGGUUGUUUUGAGAACACAUUUCUCAUACAUUUUCAGAAUUACAACAUGAACCAACUAAUGCUAAUAGUUGUUUAAAUGUGUUUAAUUAGAUUCAGUUGGCCUGAAUGGCAAUGUAGAAAUUGGUGGUGCCAAAAUAGAACUUGGAGGUGGAGAAGGUCAUGGACAGCAUGAAUUCAGUACUAGCUGGGAAGGGAAGAAGACAAUCAUUGGUGGAGGUGUGAGCGGAGAAAUAGAAGGAAGCAAACGUUAGUAAAUCUUUCUAUAUAUUGUUAAUUUGUUUCUAAUUCCCUUCUUUAGUGAAAUAUUAAAAAUAAAAUAGAUUUACAUAUUAAUCCACAAAAGCUAACAGUUUUCAAUUCAUAUAAUUAGAUUCACUUGGUUUGAAUGGCAAUGUAGAACUUGGUGGUGCAAAAAUAGAACUUGGAGGUGGAAAAGGUCAUGGACACCGUGAAUUCAGUACUAGCUGGGAAGGGAAGAAGACAAUCAUUGGUGGAGGUGUGAGCGGAGAAAUAGAAGGAAGCAAAAGUUAGUAAAUUUUGUUUUUUAAUGGAAUUUAAUUUCAGCUUUUCCUACUUCUGGUUGUUUUGAGAACACAUUUCUCAUACAUUUUCAGAAUUACAACAUGAACCAACUAAUGCUAAUAGUUGUUUAAAUGUGUUUAAUUAGAUUCAGUUGGCCUGAAUGGCAAUGUAGAAAUUGGUGGUGCCAUAAUAGAACUUGGAGGUGGAGAACAUCAUGGACACCGUGAAUUCAGUACUAGCUGGGAAGGGAAGAAGACAAUCAUUGGUGGAGGUGUGAGCGGAGAAAUAGAAGGAAGCAAACGUUAGUAAAGUUUGUUUUUUAAUGGAAUUUAAUUUCAGCUUUUCCUACUUCUGGUUGUUUUGAGAACUAAUUUCUCAUACAUUUUCAGAAUUACAAUAUGAACCAACAAAUGCUAAUAGUUGUUUAAAUGUGUUUAAUUAGAUUCAGUUGGCCUGAAUGGCAAUGUAGAAAUUGGUGGUGCCAAAAUAGAACUUGGAGGUGGAGAAGGUCAUGGACACAGUGAAUUCAGUACUAGCUGGGAAGGGAAGAAGACAAUCAUUGGUGGAGGUGUGAGCGGAGAAAUAGAAGGAAGCAAACGUUAGUAAAUCUUUCUAUAUAUUGUUAAUUUGUUUCUAAUUCCAUUCUUUAGUGAAAUAUUAAAAAUAAAAUAGAUUUACAUAUUAAUCCACAAAAGCUAACAGUUUUCAAUUCAUAUAAUUAGAUUCACUUGGUUUGAAUGGCAAUGUAGAACUUGGUGGUGCAAAAAUAGAACUUGGAGGUGGAGAAGGUCAUGGACACCGUGAAUUCAGUACUAGCUGGGAAGGGAAGAAGACAAUCAUUGGUGGAGGUGUGAGCGGAGAAAUAGAAGGAAGCAAACGUUAGUAAAGUUUGUUUUUUAAUGGAAUUUAAUUUCAGCUUUUCCUACUUCUGGUUGUUUUGAGAACACAUUUCUCAUACAUUUUCAGAAUUACAACAUGAACCAACUAAUGCUAAUAGUUGUUUAAAUGUGUUUAAUUAGAUUCAGUUGGCCUGAAUGGCAAUGUAGAAAUUGGUGGUGCCAAAAUAGAACUUGGAGGUGGAGAAGGUCAUGGACAGCAUGAAUUCAGUACUAGCUGGGAAGGGAAGAAGACAAUCAUUGGUGGAGGUGUGAGCGGAGAAAUAGAAGGAAGCAAACGUUAGUAAAUCUUUCUAUAUAUUGUUAAUUUGUUUCUAAUUCCAUUCUUUAGUGAAAUAUUAAAAAUAAAAUAGAUUUACAUAUUAAUCCACAAAAGCUAACAGUUUUCAAUUCAUAUAAUUAGAUUCACUUGGUUUGAAUGGCAAUGUAGAACUUGGUGGUGCAAAAAUAGAACUUGGAGGUGGAGAAGGUCAUGGACACCGUGAAUUCAGUACUAGCUGGGAAGGGAAGAAGACAAUCAUUGGUGGAGGUGUGAGCGGAGAAAUAGAAGGAAGCAAACGUUAGUAAAGUUUGUUUUUUAAUGGAAUUUAAUUUCAGCUUUUCCUACUUCUGGUUGUUUUGAGAACUCAUUUCUCAUACAUUUUCAGAAUUACAACAUGAACCAACUAAUGCUAAUAGUUGUUUAAAUGUGUUUAAUUAGAUUCAGUUGGCCUGAAUGGCAAUGUAGAAAUUGGUGGUGCCAAAAUAGAACUUGGAGGUGGAGAAGGUCAUGGACAGCAUGAAUUCAGUACUAGCUGGGAAGGGAAGAAGACCAUCAUUGGUGGAGGUGUGAGCGGAGAAAUAGAAGGAAGCAAACGUUAGUAAAUCUUUCUAUAUAUUGUUAAUUUGUUUCUAAUUCCAUUCUUUAGUGAAAUAUUAAAAAUAAAAUAGAUUUACAUAUUAAUCCACAAAAGCUAACAGUUUUCAAUUCAUAUAAUUAGAUUCACUUGGUUUGAAUGGCAAUGUAGAACUUGGUGGUGCAAAAAUAGAACUUGGAGGUGGAGAAGGUCAUGGACACCGUGAAUUCAGUACUAGCUGGGAAGGGAAGAAGACAAUCAUUGGUGGAGGUGUGAGCGGAGAAAUAGAAGGAAGCAAACGUUAGUAAAGUUUGUCUUUUAAUGGAAUUUAAUUUCAGCCUUUCCUACUUCUGGUUGCUUUGAGAACUCAUUUCUCAUACAUUUUCAGAAUUAAAAUAUGAACCAACUAAUGCUAAUAGUUGUUUAAAUGUGUUUAAUUAGAUUCAGUUGGUCUGAAUGGCAAUGUAGAAAUUGGUGGUGCCAAAAUAGAACUUGGAGGUGGAGAAGGUCAUGGACAACGUGAACAUUUAUGAUAUUUUAGUUCAGCUUUUCUUCCUCUACUUGUUUUGAGAACACUUUCUCAUACAUUUUUGGGAUUGAUAUAUAUACCCACAAAUGCUUACAAGUCUUUUCAUUUGUUUAAUAUGAAUCAGUUGGCCUAAAUGGCAAUGUAGAAUUCGGUCGUGCAAAAAUAGAAUUUGGAGGUGGAGAAGGUCAUAGACAUGAUGAAUUCAGUACUAGCUGGGAAGGGAAGAGAACAUUCAUUCUUGGAGGUGUAAGCAGAGAAUUAGAAUGAAGCAAAAUUUAGCAAAUAUUUCUAUAUAUUGUUACUUUGCUUCCAAAGCCCUCCUUUUAUGCAAUAUAUUUACAUUUCUUUUAGAUUAAGCUAAUAAUCCACACAAGCUAACAGUUUUCAAUUUAUAUAAUUAGAUUCACUUGGUUUGAAUGGUGAUGUAGAAAUUGGUGGUGCAAAAAUAGAGCUUGGAGGUGGAGCAGGCCACAGACACCAUGAAUUAAAUACGACUUGGCAAGAGAAGAAGACUAUAAGUGGUGGAGGAGAGAGUGGAGAAUUAGAAGGAAUCAAACGUUAGUAAAUCUCUGCAUGACAUAUACUGUCCUCUUUGUAUCUGAUUACCUCUUUCUUUAACUUUUUGUUUUAUAUAGGCUUAAAAUGCCUAUGCACAAAAGCUAAAAUAGUUUGAAUUCUUUAAUUAGAUGCACUUGGUUUGAACGGCAAUGUAGAACUUGGUGGUGCAAAAAUAGAACUUGGAGGUGGAGAAGGUCAUGGACACCGGGAAUUCAGUACUAGCUGGGAAGGGAAGAAGACAAUCAUUGGUGGAGGUGUGAGCGGAGAAAUAGAAGGAAGCAAACGUUAGUAAAUCUUUCUAUAUAAUGUUACUUUGUUUCCAAAGUCCUUUUUUAGUGAAAUAUUACAAAUAAAAUAGAUUUAUAUAUAAUUUUACAAAAGCUAACGGUUUUCAAUUCAUACAAUUAGAUUCACUUGGUUUGAAUGGCAAUGUAGAACUUGGUGGUGCAAAAUUAGAACUUGGAGGUGGAGAACGUCAUGGACACCGUGAAUUCAGUACUAGCUGGGAAGGGAAGAAGACAAUCAUUGGUGGAGGUGUGAGCGGAGAAAUAGAAGGAAGCAAACGUUAGUAAAGUUUGUUUUUUAAUGGAAUUUAAUUUCAGCUUUUCCUACUUCUGGUUGUUUUGAGAACUCAUUUCUCAUACAUUUUCAGAAUUACAAUAUGAACCAACUAAUGCUAAUAGUUGUUUAAAUGUGUUUAAUUAGAUUCAGUUGGUCUGAAUGGCAAUGUAGAAAUUGGUGGUGCCAAAAUAGAACUUGGAGGUGGAGAAGGUCAUGGACAACGUGAACAUUUAUGAUAUUUUAGUUCAGCUUUUCUUCCUCUACUUGUUUUGAGAACACUUUCUCAUACAUUUUUGGGAUUGAUAUAUAUACCCACAAAUGCUUACAAGUCUUUUCAUUUGUUUAAUAUAAAUCAGUUGGCCUAAAUGGCAAUGUAGAAUUCGGUUGUGCAAAAAUAGAAUUUGGAGGUGGAGAAGGUCAUAGACAUGAUGAAUUCAGUACUAGCUGGGAAGGGAAGAGAACAUUCAUUCUUGGAGGUGUAAGCAGAGAAUUAGAAUGAAGCAAAAUUUAGCAAAUAUUUCUAUAUAUUGUUACUUUGCUUCCAAAGCCCUCCUUUUAUGCAAUAUAUUUACAUUUCUUUUAGAUUAAGCUAAUAAUCCACACAAGCUAACAGUUUUCAAUUUAUAUAAUUAGAUUCACUUGGUUUGAAUGGUGAUGUAGAAAUUGGUGGUGCAAAAAUAGAGCUUGGAGGUGGAGCAGGCCACAGACACCAUGAAUUAAAUACGACUUGGCAAGUGAAGAAGACUAUAAGUGGUGGAGGAGAGAGUGGAGAAUUAGAAGGAAUCAAACGUUAGUAAAUCUCUGCAUGACAUAUACUGUCCUCUUUGUAUCUGAUUACCUCUUUCUUUAACUUUUUGUUUUAUAUAGGCUUAAAAUGCCUAUGCACAAAAGCUAAAAUAGUUUGAAUUCUUUAAUUAGAUGCACUUGGUUUGAACGGCAAUGUAGAACUUGGUGGUGCAAAAAUAGAACUUGGAGGUGGAGAAGGUCAUGGACACCGGGAAUUCAGUACUAGCUGGGAAGGGAAGAAAACAAUCAUUGGUGGAGGUGUGAGCGGAGAAAUAGAAGGAAGCAAACGUUAGUAAAUCUUUCUAUAUAAUGUUACUUUGUUUCCAAAGUCCUUUUUUAGUGAAAUAUUACAAAUAAAAUAGAUUUAUAUAUAAUUUUACAAAAGCUAACGGUUUUCAAUUCAUACAAUUAGAUUCACUUGGUUUGAAUGGCAAUGUAGAACUUGGUGGUGCAAAAUUAGAACUUGGAGGUGGAGAACGUCAUGGACACCGUGAAUUCAGUACUAGCUGGGAAGGGAAGAAGACAAUCAUUGGUGGAGGUGUGAGCGGAGAAAUAGAAGGAAGCAAACGUUAGUAAAGUUUGUUUUUUAAUGGAAUUUAAUUUCAGCUUUUCCUACUUCUGGUUGUUUUGAGAACUCAUUUCUCAUACAUUUUCAGAAUUACAAUAUGAACCAGCUAAUGCUAAUAGAUGUUUAAAUAUGUUUAAUUAGAUUCAGUUGGCCUGAAUGGCAAUGUAGAAAUUGGUGGUGCCAAAAUAGAACUUGGAGGUGGAGAAGGUCAUGGACACCGUGAAUUCAGUACUAGCUGGGAAGGGAAGAAGACAAUCAUUGGUGGAGGUGUGAGCGGAGAAAUAGAAGGAAGCAAACGUUAGUAAAUCUUUCUAUAUAAUGUUACUUUGUUUCCAAAUUCCUUCUAUAGUGAAAUAUUAAAAAUAAAAUAGAUUUAUAUAUAAUUUUACAAAAGCUAACAGUUUUCAAUUCAUACAAUUAGAUUCACUUGGUUUGAAUGGCAAUGUAGAACUAGGUGGUGCAAAAAUAGAACUUGGAGGUGGAGAACGUCAUGGACACCGUGAAUUCAGUACUAGCUGGGAAGGGAAGAAGACAAUCAUUGGUGGAGGUGUGAGCGGAGAAAUAGAAGGAAGCAAACGUUAGUGAAGUUUGUUUUUUAAUGGAAUUUAAUUUCAGCUUUUCCUACUUCUGGUUGUUUUGAGAACUCAUUUCUCAUACAUUUUCAGAAUUACAAUAUGAACCAACUAAUGCUAAUAGAUGUUUAAAUAUGUUUAAUUAGAUUCAGUUGGCCUGAAUGGCAAUGUAGAAAUUGGUGGUGCCAAAAUAGAACUUGGAGGUGGAGAAGGUCAUGGACAGCAUGAAUUCAGUACUAGCUGGGAAGGGAAGAAGACAAUCAUUGGUGGAGGUGUGAGCGGAGAAAUAGAAGGAAGCAAACGUUAGUAAAUCUUUCUAUAUAUUGUUACAUUGUUUCCAAUGCUCUCCUUUAUUGAAAUAUAAAGAAUAAAAUAGAUUUAUAUAUAAACCCACAAAAGCUAACAGUUUUCAAUUCAUAUAUUUAGAUUCACUUGGUUUGAAUGGCAAUGUAGAACUUGGUGGUGCAAAAAUAGAACUUGGAGGUGGCAAAGGUCAUGGACACCGUGAAUUCAGUACUAGCUGGGGAGGGAAGAAGACAAUCAUUGGUGGAGGUGUGAGCGGAGAAAUAGAAGGAAGCAAACGUUAGUAAAGUUUGUUUUUUAAUGGAAUUUAAUUUCAGCUUUUCCUACUUCUGGUUGUUUUGAGAACACAUUUCUCAUACAUUUUCGGAAUUACAAUAUGAACCAACAAAUGCUAAUAGUUGUUUAAAUGUGUUUAAUUAGAUUCAAUUGGUCUGAAUGGCAAUGUAGAAAUUGAUGCGUCAAAAAUAGAGCAUUUAGGUGGAGAAGGUCAUGGACACCAGGAAUUCAGUACUAGCUGGGAAGGGAAAAAGACAAUCAUUGGUGGAGACUUGAGUGGAGAAAUAGAAGGAAGCAAAUGUUAGUAUAGCUCUUCAUGAAAUUUAUUUUCAGCUUUGCAUUUCACCUCAUCUUUUGUGAAUGGAUUAAAAUUAAAUUUUAAUAGUUUGUUUUAUUUGUUUAAUUAGAGUCAGCCUGAAUGGCAAUUUUGAAAUUGGUGGUUAAAAAUAGAGGUUUGAGGUUGAGCAGAUCGCAGACACCAUGAAUUCAAUAUUAAUUGGAAGUGAUGAAGACUUUAGGCUUAAAAUGCACAUGCACAAAAGCUAAUAUAGAUUGAAUUCUUGAAAUAGAUUCACUUGGCAUGAAUGGGGAUGUAUACAUUUUUGGAGGAGGAGCACUUCAUGGUCACCAUACAUUCAAUACUAGCAAAAAGACAAUUGCUGGUGGAGAUGGGAGCAGAGAGUUAGAAGGAAUCAAACGUUAGUAAACCUCUCCAUGAAAUACAUAGUCAGCUUUGUUUUCAACCACCUUUUUAUUUGCAUGUUUAAUAUUUUUUCAGUUUUAAAGUUAUUUCAGUUUGUUUAAUUAGAAUCACUUUGCAAUUUAGAAAUUGCAAUUUAGAAACUGGCGGUACAAACAUAUAUUAGAGGUGGAAUACACCAUGGGUACUAUGAAUUCAAUACUAGUUGAAGAAGUUAAAAAGAUAAAUUGGUGGGGGUGUGAGUAGAAUAUUACAAGGUUUAGCUACAUCUCUGGUACCUAGCUUAUCUAUGUAAGUGUAGUGUUUAAAACUGAAAUUCUGAAAAUGCAGUGACCACUUCAAAUUACUAAAUUGGUCAUGGUGCUUGGAGUAAGCCUGUAGAAGAUUUUCAGUAAAAGGAAGGAAAAUUGACAGAUAGAUAGAUACAUUUUAUACAUAUUCAUCAAUACAUAUCUGCCUACCUCAAAUCUUUAUAGAUUGGACGCUUGUUUGAGCAGGGCCUUCUACACUGUAAAUAUAAACUUUCUAUAAUUCAAAGUACGUAGGAAUAGGACAAUAUUUAUGUCAAAUUUCUUAAACUAGAUGGUGAAAAUGUACAAGUGGGUGGCGAAGCUGCCAACUUGAAGGUGAAAGAUGAGGCUAGUCACCAGAAUGAGAAACACGACUUCAACAGCGAGGAGGUAACAGCCACUUUCCAUGGAAAGGUUGAGGGUGGCUGGAAGAAAAAUUGGAAGGAGGAAUCAAGUGAGGAGAGAAAAGACUCAUUCAAAUCAAGAAAAAGUAUGUAAAAUCUUUUUACAUUAGCUGAAUAUUUAAAAUGUACUGUUUUAUCCCUAUUCCUGAACAAUAUUAUUGAACUAGUGAAUUUAUUUGUAUCAGUCAUGAUCUAUUGCCUAUUAUAUGCUGCCUACAUGUUAUAAGCUCCAUGAUUUUAUUUUUUUCUAACGAGAUCCUAUUUUUAUGUCAAAUUUUUUAAAACAGAUUUCCAUGGUGUAAAUGUACAGUUGAGUGGCGAAGCUGCCAGCGUGGAGUUAAACGGUAAAUUCGGCCAUAAAAAUAAGAAACACGAGGAAAGUGGCAGUAACAGCAAGGAGGAAACGGACAAGUUUAGUAGAAAGAAGGGUUGGAAGAAAACAUCUGAGAGUGAUGAGAUUAAUUCAAGUGAAAAUACAGAAGACUCAUUCAACAAAGAAAAACGUUAGUAAAAUUAUUCUUUAAUUAUUUAGUAGGGUUUUGCUUAAUUUCUCUCCUUCAGAAUAUAUGUUUUAAAUAGUUUUACACACAAUCUGCUAAGACAAUGAAAAAGAUAUUUGACAAAGAAUUAAUAUUUUUUAAGUUACAUAAAUGUUAUUAUUAACUUGAUUAAAAAUAGGACGCGGGGGUGGUAAACAGAAAUUUGCAUCUUCAAGCGAGCAGAGUACAAUCACCAUUAAAGGUAAAGGAAAGGGCGGAUGGAAGAAGUUCUCUGAAAGUGAAAGCUCCAUUGAAGAGGAAAAAGGCUCUUUCAAAAAACAUAAAGGUUAACAAUUUACUUUUUAACUUGAUAGAAUUCUUGCAUGUGUAUGUAUUAAAAGAUUUUAAACUACAUUGAAUGUUAUAACUUUAAGCAAAGUAUACAUAUAUAAGCAAAGUAUAUAUAUAUAUAUAUAAGUUCUAUCAAGCUGUUUUAAUUUAGGACAAUUAUAGAGGGAAUCACUUUAAAAGGUAUAUUGUUUCCCUAUUGUUACAUUUGUUGUUUUUUCAAACAGAAAAUAUAACUAUGAUGCCUACAUUGGUACAUAGGAAAAUGUAACUUUUUUUUAUCAACAUUGCUCACCACCGGACUUCAUCACUCUUCCGAUUUAGUUAUAAAGCAAAGAAGAGCCGUUAAAGAAUUGGAAGGGUGGGAGCAUGUUUAAUCGACUCCUAAUAUUCAAGUCAGUUGCAUUUAGUUGGAAGAGCAGUACUAGGAGCUGGACUGCAUGCUUCGAUCACUAAUUAGGGAGGGAGCAUUAGUGACAUAGAUAUAGAUAAGAUUCACAAAAACAGAAAACAAUACACAUUUUCAUGGGCUGCUUUCUAGCACCAUAAACACUGUAAUAGUCUUUCACAAUUAUGGUACUUGGUGUGUCUUUCUACAUAUUUUUAGAUAGUAAGCACUUAAGUAUAAUAUUUUAGAAAUUUUGUUUUACAUGGUUAAUAACAUUAAAACCUUGCAACAAUAAUAUAAUAAUAUAAAUAAGCAUGCAGCUUGAUGGAAGGAGGCUUAUUUUUUUUUUUGCUGUUUUGCUUUUAAUCUAUGAAGGCACUCACGUAAAAGGAACGUUUGAAGAAAAGACCCAACAUGGUCAUGCCUAUGGGCACAAUAAUAAGGGGAAGACUAACAAGUGGGGAUUCAAAGAUGGAGAAAAUGAGAGUCAUGAUGAUUCAUCUGAAGAGAAAAGUAUGUUUUUCAGCCAUUCAAGUUCUCUUACGUCUGUUUUUAUGAUGUAUAGAUGAACAUACAAAUCAAAUUAUCCUUAAGUAGUUUUUAACAAUGGGCCUGCUGUCCUGACAAGUUGAUGGUAGAUUAGACGUGCACUUUUUACUCUUUUUUCAUAUUGUUUAUAUCGAACUGAGAUAUCUUUAUACAGUGAGCAAAUGUGGGUCAUAUGGUGAAGAGUAGACUUGAAUGGAUAGAAAUACCGUCUAAAAUAUUUUGUUGUCAGACACAUGUGCUACAGUAACAAUAGAGAAACAUCUGAAGACUCCUUUCAUAUUGUCCUCUUUGUCCAAUUUAUCUCUCAUUAAAAGCCCAGUUAACUAAACACCAUGUACAGUUAAAUACAGCAACAUGAGAUUAAUUAAGAGCAUUUUUGAAGAAGUAGAUAAGAUAAAUAGGACUAUUCACAAGAAAAUGCAUUCCCAACCCUAGCGUUAUUAAAUGAAGUAUAAAAUUAAACAAAUUCCAUUUAUAUUAUGUAACAAUUUGUAUAAAGGUCAUAAAAAAUUGUUAAUUUCUGCUUUUAGUUAAAAAAAAAAAAAUGAUAUUGUACUUGGUUUUUAGCUAUAGAAGAUACUGACCUGGAAAUUGAAGAAACUGGUACAGUUGCUACUCCAACCGAGAUUCCUGUAACCGUGUACGAACCUCCUGUCAUCACUGAACAUGUUCCCUUACUAUAUACUGAAAAUGAAGUCAAACGUGAGUAAACUAACACAACCAUUUCUUUUUUUAUUUCAACCUUUCUUGAAUUGAAGGGAAAGUCCAAUAUGCAUUAUACCAUGUUUAUAUUAGUUACAAAGAAAAUGCACUAAAAAGCUUAAAAUUAUUUUAAAUAAAUAAAAAAUAAAAAAUUACAGUUACAGCAAAUCCAUUGACUUAUACACUUGCAAAGACAGUGUGCUUGGGUUAUUCCUCUUUUAAUGAUGCUUAAACUUUUUUUUAUAUUGUCAUAUGCCAUUACACCAGAAUUUGACUUGGUGAACUAUAUUUUCAUAUUUUUUUCAGCAAUCGUUACAGAGCCAGAAAUUCUUCCUAUCACCAGAGGCCCACCGAUAGACUGUAUAUUUAAUAAAAACUCAGUGGCUGAUGGAGAAUCCUUGGUACUUAAUUGUGUUACUUGGUAUGUAUACAUUGUAUUGAUUUGCUGUUUUUAAUUUGCCAGGUUAUAAAAAAAAAAAACCUUAAGGCUCAAAAUUGAUGCAGCCAUCAACUUUUUCAGCGUUCAACUUUGACACGCUAUUAAAAGAGACAAGGUUACAUCUCAAUAAACAAAAUGGUUGAGUAAAACUCUAUUUACUUUAAUUGGUUACGUGCCAGAUGUUUGCAUUGUUCAACUUGCUGAAAACUAUUUUGGUAAACCAGGGCAGCCUGAAUUUGUCAUAUGUGGGUUAGAAAAUGUGGUUAUGGUGGCUGAGGCUGAAUCGUUUGGCCUCUAUUUAAAAUGAUUGAUUAUUGAUUAUUUUAAUGUCUUUUCUAUUCUUCUUCUGUAUUUCAGCACUUGCAUCAGUGGAUCACUUACAUGUGUUAAAAACCUUGACUGCCCAGGUAAGAGUUCUUCCUCCUCUACCUUUACUGAACCAAAAAUUACAGCUAUAUAACAGACAGUUACCAAUGGUGAAAGUAAAUGAACUAAUUCAUAAAUCCUAAUCCUAGAAAAAUCCUAAUCCUUAAAAAAUCCUAAUCCUAAAUACUUUAAACAAACUAAAUAUAAUGCCUGUUACGUUCACUUGUCUUUUGACAGCAAACUCGUCCACAAGUCUCAUCUUUUUUAUAUAUGUCUUUUAUAUAAGGAAUAUGUUCAAUUACUGGAUAUCAGAUGGUUCGCACAUUUGAUGGCACCUUGUAUGAAAAUCCUGGAACUUGCAGCUAUGUUUUGGUAAAAACACCCAGUUUCUCUAUCACCCUGAACAACAAGCCCUGCGUUGAAUUUAGACAUGGUAUACAGGUAGGCAAUUUCUUGAAGCAUUUAAAAGACAAUGUAACAGACUAAUAAAAGGGAAUAUUUGACAUUCUUUUUGUCUUGGUUUUUAGGAUCCACAGGCUGUUUGUAUUGAAUCGGUGGACAUCUAUAUACCUCUUAUAGCCAGCUUAAGCCUCUCAUAUGAUGGCACAAUAACCUCUGCAGGAAAACAGUCUGCUAUUCCAUAUUUUAUUCAUGGUAAAAAAAACUUCUUGAUACUAUAACUCAAAUUGUUGAAAUGCCCAGUGGCAUUUGUGCAUGUCCUACUUUCUCUCUUUUAGUUUGGAUUAACACAUAUGUGGAUUAACACAUAAUAAAUUGAUGCAUUUUGAUUGGAUGAAACCUCAAAGUAUCAAAUGAAAAUAUUUAUACAAAUGAAAUCCCGGUCAGCGGCGUAAGGAAAUGCACAAAUGACAAUUCACUAAUUGAAGCCCUCAUUCUACUAUAAAAUGCAUACUUACUUUCUGAAGUUAUAAAAGUAAAAUUAGACAAAUCCACAUAUUUUAAUCUAUACUUUUUGAAUUAUAAAAUGGAAUAGUUUAAUGUCAUGUAAUCUUGAGUUUCUUUUUGUAUUUUCUCCCAGAUACCAUCACCAUUCUCAGAAGUUCAUCUGUCUUCCUGGAUGUGGCUAGUGACUUCUUUAACCUGCAAUAUGACUUCAAGGGGAACCGGCUUUACGUGAUCCUUCAGAACAGCUACAAGGACCAAACCAGUGGUUUGUGCGGAACCUACAAUGACAACCGUAAUGAUGACUACAGGUAAAUAUUAUUAUUUUUGUUUGUGGCAGCUUAGCUGGUAUUCCCUUGAUACAUAUAUGGCCUUAUUUAUAAUCUCUAAAUGCACUUAAAAAGCAAAUUGACGGUAUGUUUUAAUAUCGAAAUUGUUCCUAACUGAUGAUAUAGCUGAAGACAUGUAACUUGAUUUGUAUAUAAAUACAUAGAGCCCGCCCUGGACUAAUUUAUAGCUCAUUUUUGUUUAGUUUAAUAUUAAUACAGCUCUGACCCUUGUCUUAUUUAAUGCAAUUAACAAGUGUGCUCAGUAAACCUACUAGUGCUUGCUCUUUUUGACUGAUGAACCUGACGAUUUUACCAUUUUAUUUUGAAUUGCAGGAGCUCACUUGAUAUUACAGAGACAGUUUCUGGUUUAUUCGCUGUAUCUUGGAAAACCCCAGGCCAGUGCGCAGACAAACCCAAAGAAGCAGAAAAUGAAGGUAAGGAAAAUUGAAUUUUCAAGAGAAACUACACAAUAAAAUGAAACAAGUUUACUUUGAGCACUGGCUUCAAACAAAUCUAUUUUGAUAGUUUAAUUGUCUUUUCUAUUUUAUUUUGAUGAAAAUAAAGAUUGACAACUACUUCCUUGUUCGCUGAUGAUUACAAGUGUUUUGGGGCAUCAAGGGUUGCCUAUCCAUGUCUCUAGAAAUCAGCACUGAUUUUUAAAUAAAAACAAAAAAUGUAUAAUUAUGUUAGGACAUACAAUUUUUCACUUGAUUGCUGGGUAGUUCUUAUGACUAAUCAAAACUUUGUUUUUUCAGAUAAACGCGUGACUGCUGAAUUAACAUGCACUAGUACUUUCCAAGACUCCAUCUUUGAAGAUUGUCGUCUUCUGAUUGACACUCAUGGCUACCAAGCUUCUUGUGCCAACAGUAUCUACUAUGGCAACUCAGAAGGAUUUUGCUCUGCUGUUGCAGACUAUGCCUAUCGCUGUGCCAGGGCAGGAAUCUUCAUUCCUGUGAGCUCUACAUUCACUUUCUGCAGUAAGUAUUAGUUGAUGCGUCCAGUAAUCUCUGUGUUCCUGAUUCACAAAAAGCAAAUAAUUAAAUUUUGAUAGUAAGAAUUUAAUCUGCAUUUAUUGGGCAAAUAAAAUAACUUUUGCAUUUAAAAAAAAAAAAAGAAAUAGAGAUUCCAAAAUCCUGACUAAUGAAAGCUGCUGGCGUUGGAGAUACAGUUCCAGCAGCAACGGGAAAUAUUUCAGUAUAUGCAUUAUUUCUUAUGAACCCACUACAUACAGUGUCCUUGUACCAUGACCACUCCAAAACACAGAUUUGGUCACAGUGCUUGGAGUAAACCUUUAAAUACAUGAACCAUGUUCAGCACAUAUUUGAAAUAUAGAUUCAAAUAAUAAAAUAUGAGAUGCCAUAUGUCAUAUCAGUGGUCUAAAAUAUGUACCAAAACAUUUUGAAUAGAACAAAGAAGUCUCUCAGUAUUACUUGAUUAUAAUACCAUUUUUAUUUUGUGAUUUCAGCCCCUACAUGUCAAGAAGAUAUGAUUCUUAGUUCAGACAACCUUUUCACCCAACAAGACUGUGCUGAAUAUUCGGCUACUCUAUUGAAGAUUUCAUCCAGCAUUCCUCUGAACGAAGCCUGCAUCUGUCCUCGUGAUUUGUAUUACGAUGCAACUUUAGAUCGAUGUGUCAGUGGGUAUGUUGAGCGUAGGCUUCAUGCCUUAGUUACCAAAUGUUGGUUUAUGAUAAUGUCAUUGAAAGAUAUUAGGAGACUGGGAAGUCUUUAGAGGGACAUAAUCAUUAGUAAUUAUAUGUUCAUAUGUGGGAGAAGAUAUGGUACUGGAGAAGAUACUAAACAAUUAUGUUGGAUAUUUUGUUUAAACAAAAAGUGAAUGUGUAUGAACUAUACAAAAGGAAGAGAAACUACAAAAUAUUCAAUAAUUUAUUCAAGUUUUUAGACUAGAUGGUAUCUGUGAUAUUGAUAAGUUAAUUAAAGCACCAGGUUUGCCUGCUUAAACAUUAGAAUCCCACUUUAUGUAAUAAAAAAAAUAGCAGAGGCUUCAUUCAAUUUCUCUUUUCAUUUUUCUAUCUCUGCGUGAAUGAUUUAUGAAUCUUGUGUAUGUGUUUUUUUUUCAAUAUUGUAAUAAGUAAUAUACAUAAAUAUAUGAUGUAUUAUUUUCUUUACUUUACAGUGAGCAAUGUCCCUGCUACGUCAACAAUGAUGUGUACAAACUAGGUCAGACUAUCACAUUCCCCAAUGGAGAAUCAUGGUAAGAUAUACAGAUUAAUUGGAAAAUAGUAACUAAUUGUAAAACACAUACUUUCCCACCAGAAAAAAAAUGUGAGUUUCUGUCGGUCCCUGGCCAAUACAGUACAUUAAAAAUAGAUAAAUGAAUAACAUGACAAAUAGGCAGUCAUUGCAUUAGUUUAUCUCUUUAUAUGUGGUCCACCUUGUUCUGCAGUAUACACGAUGGGUAAUUUAACGCUGUGUUCCGUUCACAUCAUUGUCAAGUUUUAUUUUAGUAGUCCGUCUAGAGAUGAAUUAAACCCUACAUUUUAAAUAAGGCCUCUGUAUCAACAAAAUGGUUAAGCUGGGCAUCUGUAGUGUGGUCAAGGACAAUAUAGCUAAUCUUUAUCCUGGAUGUGUUUCCUUAUAGCCCCUGUGAAAGAAUACUACAGUGCAGCGGAACCGAUAAACCUGACAAUGGUGGUAAGAAACUACAUACCUGCUAUACCUUACAUACAUUUCUCCUUGUUUUAUGAUAGAAAAUUACAUGUUCUUUAAAAGUCAAGUGUCCAAAAAGAAGUGAAUCUCACUUUUGAGUGGAGUGUACUUUCAAAUUGACAUAGUCCUGUAGUUUGGCCAGUACUGUAACAUCUUUAGAAGUCAACUGCUUUUUCGCAGGACACCUACACAUUAAUGUUCUUGCUACUUUAUCACUGGAGAUAGCGCAACAACAAAAUAUUCAGGAUGGUGUAAGCAUGGUUUACAACCAUCAUAGACACAUUCAACAAUGACUACUGGUCAAUGUUGGGCUCUUAAUAUAGGCAUUCGAAUUCAUUUAGUUAUGGUUUUAUAACCAUAAUCCGUUGAGACUCAACACUUGUUUCUUUUCUAGGAGUGAUUAAAGAAUGCCCAGAAAAUGAAAUAUUCUCUGAUUGCUCCCUGGGAUACGGGACAUCUUGUGAACCCAGCUGUGAAUUCCUGGCUGUACUUGACCAGGGCUGCGGUGCAGAAUGCACACCAGGCUGUAUCUGCAAACAUGGGUAAGCAGAACAUAUACAUAUUAGUUUUGUUUAGGUACCUGGUAAAAUAACCUGCUUUUUGCUAAAUGUUUCAUUGUAUUGAUUCUAGUCUAUUGAGAGGUAGCGAUGGAAACUGCAUCCCACUGAACGAAUGUCCAUGUAUUCACGGAGACGAUGUAUACAACCCUGGAGAAACACUGGCCAGUGACUGCAAUACUUGGUAAGUACCCCUGAUGAAAACAUGGAUGUAAAAAAUGCAUGUAGUCAUGUUGAAUAAAUAUCGCUAAAGAUCAGAGGUGUGCACAGCAUAUUACUGUAGGAUGUGCAAGAGAAAAUUAUCAUCCAAACUUUAUUUUAAAAAUAAUAAUAAAAAAAAGGCAAAGCAAUGUACAAAAAUCGUUAUUUUUUUAAAAGUGAUUACACAGAUACUGAGAUAUACAGAAUGGUUUCCUUAAAACUUAAAGUGAACUCAAACUCUAUGCACUAGGUUGUGUCUGGGAAUAACUGGAAAAUCCUGUACGCAUGCCUAUGCUGAAGAACAGAUUAGAUCUAUUGUUUUCUAAAACUCAAGUGUAUAGGUGCUCUUAGAGAGCUGUUUACUCAAUAAAUGCACUAUGACCGAAGCACAACUAGUUCUUAAGUUUAUGGGACCAGAAAGAUGGCUGGUGCUCAAUUCAGCUAACUAGAGACUUAUUUUACAUGAACAAAAGAAACCCUUCACUUAUAAACACAGUGAAAUAAUAGGUUCAUCAAGCUGAGAGCCAAUAUUUUAGCUAGCCACGUUUGAAUUAUCGGAAAAAUUGCAGAAUUGGAAGUGCUUCAGACUAGGUUUUUUGCCUUCUUUUGGAUCAACAGCAAAAACAUAUGUGAGGAAGGCUGAACUUGAUGGACGCAAGUCUCUUUUCAGCUAUGUAACAAUGUAACAUAAUAUAUUCCUAUUUUUUUUACCAUUAUACUGUUUAUUGUUAUCUAUCUUAGCACGUGUGAAAAUGGCAAAUUCUCCUGUACCACCAAUCCUUGCAAUAAAGUGUGUAAUGCAUAUGCUGGAUCCCAGUUCUUCCUCUUUGACAAUAUCUGGAAGACAUAUACCACAAGGGAUUGCCCAGUUGUCCUAGUGCAGGUAUGUUGCAAUGGAGUAAUAUUUAAUUAUGAGAAUUAUUACAUCAUCGUUCCUUUCGCAAGCUCCUCUGUGUGUUCCCAAAUUAUGAUCUGUUAUUCCAAGCUUAAACAAUAGAAUAUAAAGUAAUGGGGGUGCUGAUACAUUUUCCUGUCUGUAGCCUAUUAAUUCUAUGAAGAGAUCACAGUCAGCAACACAAUUUGUGACCAUCUUUGUCAAACACACCCUUGUUUUAACAGUGUAAGAUGUUCUUCUACUGAUGAUGGCAUAUAUUGUAUGUUAAUUGAGUAUAAAUACAGAAUGUAAAAAUAUAUAUAAAAUAAAUACCAAUUACAUUAAUUUAAUUUGAGGAAUUUUGUAGGUUGAGAAGAUACUGUGAAAUAUAUUAUUUUACAUGAAUACUUUGUUUUUAUUUUCCAUAGUCUCGAGAGGAUGCUGUUCCGAACUUCCGUGUUAUCAUGCAAAAUGUCCGGUCUGAAUCUGUUGGAGGAGCUUUGGCCAGAAAAUAUAUUACCAUUGCAUUUGAAGGCAUUAGUGUAGCGCUGACCGAGGGAGAGCCUAGUGUGGUAAGACAUUUCCUAAUUAUUUGCUGGGCUUAAUCUCAUUCAGUGGGCUGCCUGUUUUAAUUUCAGAUUAUCUAUUUUUCCAUUGUUUUUACACAUUGAGAUAAACACUUGAAUGAGAGCAGAUUGCAACUAUAUUAUACUGUUACCUAAAAUAAACGUUAUUAUUUUGGAGUUAUGGGAAACUAUAACUGAGAAAGGGCUAAGAUGUCCGCCUCCAAAUGCUAAAUAAAAACCUGUAGAACUCUUUAGGAAAUAUGACUUGCUUAGAAUACAAACCACAUAUGUCUUAAUAAUACAGAGCUGUAGCUUUGCAAAUAACCUUUAUGCAAUAAAGCUUAUUUACACAAGGGUGGAUUUUCUGCCAUAAUUAACUGGCUGCUUUCCUAAUAAUCCUGACGAAGAGCUCAAACUCAAGUCAAGAGUAUAGUUGGCAUCUUCAUAGCACAAGAAGUAAUAUUGUGGUUACGGAAGAUGGCUAUUGUAGCUCAGAGUCACAUGUUCAAUUCCCACCAGGAUCAACUAUUUUUUCCAUCCUUCUGUGGUGGAUAAAAUGAGGAACAUUAAGUUAAAAUGAGGAACAUGAAGAGCUCAGGGAGUACUUGAAAAAAAAAUAGCAACUAAGCUAAAUGUAUCUAUCCUUGUUAAAAAGCAUUUGCUAUUAACUUUUCUUCUUAAUAUUUAUUUAGAUUCCUAUGUAACAGAAACUAUCAAAUAUGUCUAGUUAACAAAUAGCGGUUGUUCAAAUAGUGUUUUGUUUUUACAGGUAUAUGAACCUAACAGCAAAGCUCAAGUUAAGAUCUACCGUUCUGGAUUCUACGUAGUAGCCCAUUUCACAGAAGGUCUUACUGUCUACUAUGAUCAACAUCUGGAUGUCAUUGUUCAACUUGAGCCAAGCCUACAGGUAAGAUAUCAAUACUGUGGCUUUCCUUUUAAAAAUGGCCUUUUUAAUAGUAGAUACUUCAUUAUGCCUCCCUGGCUUAAAUACUGCCAAACUGAAAAUACUGAUACAAUGAGUUAGAAAGUUAUAACAUUCUAAUAUAUAUUUAGCCAUGUAAAUAUACAUGAAGUCCACCAAGUAUCAAAAGUUAUAAUCACCAUCUAAAUGUCCCUCUUCUCCAGGGCAAGGUUCUGGGCAUGUGCGGUGAUGCUGAUGGAUCAACAACUACUGAACUGGCCAUAAGUAACAUGGAGCAAUAUGCAUCACAAUAUCUUUUGGGAGAGGUAGGAAAUCAAUUAACCAUCUUACAGAAUAACAAUACUUGAUUGAUUGAAUUUCUGACAGUGCAAAUGUAAUAUGUAUAUGAUUUUUUUUCACAGUGCGCAGAACCAGAGGUACCACCCUUCGUUCCAAGUGACAACCAUAGGAGUUACGUUGAGAAACGUUGCAGUGUGCUUAAGAGCUCAGAAUUUGCACUGUGCCAUACUGAGGUAAGACUUAAUUCUGAGAUACCGGUUUAAGCUACCACUUAAAAUAAAAAUGGAAUUAUAUUUCAAAAAACUCAACCAGUAGGUUUUUUUUAAAGAACUUUUUUAUAAUUUCUACUAAAUACAUUAAAGGUCUUCUUGCUCAUAUUUCCAUAAUUUAAGAUAAUUAUAAAGGGAUACUUAGUUUCACUUAAGUACAAUAAGUUCCCAUUUGUGACUUAAGUUCACUUCAUUUGCUCUAGACCAGUGGUUCCCAAAUCUGUCUUCCUGACCCACCAACACUCCAGGUUUUUUGACAGUAUUUCCAUUGGAGCAAACAAGGGGAAUACAUAAAUCCUGGAUUGUUGGUGGGCCAAAGCAGACAGGCAUCUAGCAUUGAAGCUCACUAAGUUUUCAUAUUUCCCCUUAAAGGUUAAUGUCCAACCUUAUUACGCAGCCUGCGUAGAAGAGACAGAGAGCUGCAGAGAAGGGGAAAGCUGCCUCUGCUUCUGCACAUCACUUGCUGCUUAUGCCCGUGCCUGUUGUCGUAAGGGCUUCACCAUUGACUGGAGAAAUCCUGACACAUGCCGUUAGUAUAUCCUCUUAAAUAUUUAGAACUUUGGAUUUUGUAUACUCUUAAUUGCCCACUUAACCUGUUGUCUUAUAUCUCUUGCAGCAUCUCCCUGCGAAUAUUACAACCGAGGUACGUAAAAUCUGCAUGGAGAAUAAAGUACUACACCACGUACUAACAUUUCCAUAUCCAACACAUGUUUUUAUUUUUUUAUAAUGGUCAAAGUAAAAAAUGUGACCUUCAAAAAGAAACCAAAAAUCUAUUUGCUUAUUUUCCAGGAAUUUGUUACAGAAAUCGUGACAAUUCUUUAAUUAAAACACAUUUUGAAUUAUUUAAAAAUAUAAUAUUUUUUAAGCUUGACAAGAUAAUGUCAAUAUAACUGUCUAGAAUAUUUUAGCAUUAGUUUAUUUUAAUUCAAAGUGUUUAGGUGGAUCUGAACACAUGUAACAUUAUACAUAGAUGUGAAGACAAUUCAGAUGAAUAAAAGCACAGCUUUUCUGAUUACAUAUUAUAAUACAUAUGCAUUCAAAUAAUUCUCCAAUGUAUGUAUUCAUUUAUAGAACAACCUGUCCUGUUUAUUUUUUAGCUGCUGGAGAAGGACCUUAUCGUUUGAUCAUGUUGAAUGGCAACACACUGGUGACAGAUUUUGUUAGCAAGAAAGUAUAUGUGAUCGAGGAUGAUUUGCCAAAUAACUUAGCAGCAACCUUCAUGGUCACGCCAAGCCUCUAUAUUGACUCACUGAGUAAGUUGUUACAUUGUGUCUCUUUCCUAUAUGUAAGGUAUAGUAGAAGAGGCAUGGUUUGCACUUGAUCCAACUUGGCCAUGCCGAGAAAUUAGACCAAUAAUACUAAACUAUUUUUAAACUUUUGCAUUAGUGAAAAAGAAGCCUAGCUUAUUGCUAAAUUAGUUGUUAUAAUUCAAGUUUAUAAAAUUGAAAGGAGAACAUUUUACUGAAAUUCUAAGAAGUAGCACAAAAGCAUAAAAGAACAAAUUCUGCCUAGUUCUUUGGACAAUAAGGAUAUUUUGCAGAAUGUCAAUUGAUAAAUUUGAUUUUGUUUUCAGAUGGCAGAACGUUAGUAUCACUAGAAUCCGCAGAACAUCCAAAUUUCUUCAUCGUUCAAAAUAGCGAUGGUAGCCUCAAUCUUCAGAAAUGGCAACCAAGCGUCAGCUUCCGUUCUCAGGCCACAUUCAUCAUGAGAGCAGGUCGCUGGGUCAGAGGCUACAAUGCCUUGGAGUCCUUCACAUCCCGUGGGCACUAUCUUUCCAUCAAAAAUGAUAACUCAUUAAUUAUGUCCAAGGUGAAGUCUGGAAACAUGCUGGUGAUGAAUUUCAAACUGAGAGGUAAUUGUACAAACAAUUUAAUUAUUUUAAAAUAUGGAAAGGAGAAACAAUAUUAGAUUUAAUGGUGCCUUAGUAUGGUGCAAAAAAAAGGAUUGCAUAGAUUCUAUAAAAAGUUUCCUAAAGUUUUCAAUAUAAAAAUCAGUUAAACUAUUGUAUAUUUCAAUUAGCAUAUGAAGUUAAAUUACUGUAUAAUAUGCCAGUGUCACAUAAUAUAAUUUGAUUAUUUUAUGGUCUGAGUAUGAUAAAAAUUCAUUAAAACACAAAAAGUGAAGAAAAAUAGAAUAUAUGGAACCUGAUCUCCAUGCUAAUUUAAAGCAUUAAUAUAUGUGUAAGCUUGCUUUAAACAAAGAGUUACCCAAAAGGUUUACUGUGUUUUAACGUUUUUUAUAUUUUUUUUUUUACAGAGGAAAAUUUUGGUUUACCCUCUUUCUCCAUCUGUACUUGGAAGUACAGAGCUUGCAGUAACCCUUGCAUUCCAACAUGCUCAGAUCCUCUUGGAACCAAGUGCACCCUGACACUCAAGUAAGUGACAACAGCAUUUCUGAGGAAUAUCAGUAUGUUUUUAAUCAAUAUAUGUAGAUUUAGAAUCUGUUUGUAAUGAUGCUUUUCUGAUAAAACAGACAAAGCUGUAGCUGUCAAGUGAAAAGUAUAUAAGUGAGAUUAUGAUUCUAUGCAUAGAACAAUAUGGAAUGGUAAUCAGUUAUUAGAAUUUUUAAAGAAAUCAAUAGACUUCUCCAAUAGGAUAUGUACUUAGAUCUUCUACAUGUUGAGCUAUUUGCUUGACUAAUGAAUUAGAAGCAUGGCUUAUACAAAUGUGUCCAUUAAAACAAUAUGUCUAAUUUCUGUCUUAGAGUUGAAGGCUGUUAUCCAAUCUGUGCCCCUGGCAUGGUUUUCGAUGAGAUUACCCAUCGUUGUGUGCGAUUUGAAGACUGUAAGUUGACUUUUGUUUCCAUACUGAUAGCUGACCUAUAACCCAACAUAGGCAAUGCAAAAAUCAAUUAACGAAUCAAUCACUCAAUAAUGUUAUCUGUCUUAUUUCAGGUAUUAGCUUUGGUGUGUCCACUACAGCUCCACCUACAACUCCACCGGUAAGAAUCUACUGGGAAUGAUUUUUUAAAUUGUUUUCAAAUAUUUACCUGGCUUUCCUAAAAGUUAUACAGAUAUACUAUUUUAUUCUCUCAACAAUAAAGGCAAUCACAGAAUUCUUAACCAUUGUUGUGUAUUUUAUUAAUGUGUGUAUUAUAUUUAAACAUUACAGGAACCAUGUAAGAAUGUGCAGUGCAUAGUGGAGACAUGUGAACAAGGGGAGACCCAAGUAAAAGUUGACUCCACAGAUCCUUGUUGUCCAAAGUACAUUUGUGGUAAGUGUGAGAGAAUCUUUCCAUAAGAUAAACAAUAAAUAAAUUAAUCACUUAUGUCUAUAAAACAGGAAAACAAUAUGUUUUAUAUUUAAUUAAUAUGAUUCAUUCUAGACUCUGUGAAAUUGUUCCAUAAACCAGUGAAGAUGCACACUUUAAAAUGUGUUAUUUAUCUAACCCACUUAAAACACAUACUCAUCGAAAUGGCCUGACAAUGAUGUCAAAUUAUUUAAUCUCUGUCAUUUUAUUAAUUAGAUUGCUUCAGACAGAGCAGGAUAACCAUGGGUGACUUUAGGCACCUGCCUCGGGCACAUGGGCUAGACAGGGGUAUCUAGAGCUAAAUUCUAGGCUCCAUUCACCAUCUAUACAUGAAGAAGAAAGGGGGGCUUUGAACAGUAACAUGCCUGGGGUUUCAGAUAUACAUGUAAUGUGUUUUCCAUGGUUCUGAAGCAUUCUGAAGAAAUACAAAUAAAUGCAUUUAUCACUUCUAAUUUUUAUAUGUUUUUUUUAAUGAAUUUAUUUAUUUUUACAGUUCCAGAACAGACAACCACACCAUCAACUUCAACACUGGUAAGGCUGUUAUAUUGUUACGUUAUAAGACGGAAUAAAAAGUAUUUUUUAUCCUUUCCUACAUUAUUUCUAUCUAAUAAUCCUAUUUUUUCUUGGUUUCACCAUUACCACGUAUCCUAUUAAUGUAUGUAUUGUAUGUAAACAUUACAGGAACCAUGUAAGAAUGUGCAUUGCAUAGUGGAGACAUGUGAACAAGGGGAGACACAAGUAAAAGUUGACUCAACAGAUCCUUGUUGUCCAACGUACAUUUGUGGUAAGUGUGAGAGAAUGUCUCCAUAUUAAGAUAAACAAUAAAUAAAUGAAUCAAUGAAUUGAUAUAUCUAUCAUACAGGAAAACAAGGUGUUUCAUAUUUAAUGCAUAAUGAUAUUUUAGACUCUGUGAAGUUGUUCCAUUAACCAGCGAACAUGUACUCUUUAAAAUGUGUUUUUUUAGCUACUCCACAUAAUCAUCAAAAUAGCCUGAAAAUUAAUUUAAACAAUUUAAGCUCUGUAAUAUUAUUAAUUAGAUUGAUUCAGGCAGAGCAGGAUUAUCAUGGGUGACCAUAGACACUCGCCUAGGACACAUGGGUUAGACAGGAACUAAACAUGAACAAGGAUGGCGGGCCUUAAGCAGUAGCCUACCUAUGGAACUAAGCAGUAGCCUGUCUGAGGUUUUAGAUCUACAUGUAAUGUGUUUUCCAUGGUUUUGAAGGAUUCUGAAGACAUUACAAUAAAUGCAUUUAUCAUUUAAACUUUUUAUCUAUUUUUAUUUAUGUAUUUAUUUCAUUUUACCGUUUCAGUACAGACAACUACACCAUCAACUUCAACACUGGUAAGACUGUCAUAUUGUUACGUUAUAAAACAGAAAAAAAAAUAUUUCAACCUUUCCUACUUUAUUUCUAUAUUAUCGUCCCAUUUUUUCUUGGUUUAACCAUUGCCACGUAUUCUAUUAAUGUAUAUAUUGUAUGUAAACAUUACAGGAACCAUGUAAGAAUGUGCAGUGCAUAGUGGAGACAUGUGAACAAGGGGAGAACAAAGUAAGAAUUGACUCCACAGAUCCUUGUUGUCCAACGUACAUUUGUGGUAAGUGUGAGAGAAUGUCUCCAUAUUAAGAUAAACAAUAUAUAAACAAUUCACUUUGAUACAUCUGUCAUACAGGAAAACAAGAUGUUUUAUAUUUAAUGCAUAAUUACAUUUUAAAUCAGGUCUGACCAAAAGGUAGAUCACAGAUGUUUUAGAACUACAGUUUCCAUGAUGCAUUGUUAUUCUAAAGCAUUCUAAAGGCAUGCAAAUCGUCAUGGGGUUGUAGUUCUACAACAUCUGGGGAUCUACCUUUUGGGCACCCCUGUUUUAGAGUCUGUAAAAUAAUUCUAUUAACCAGUGAACAUGCACACUUUAAAAUGUGUUAUUUAUCUAGCCAACGUAAAACAUGCAAUCAUCAAAAUGACCUGAAAUUUAUUUAAAAUCAUUUAACCUCUGCCAUGCGUGGCCUUAGGCACCCGCCUAUGACAUGUGGGUUAGACAGGGUCCUUGGAACUAUGUGCUUUGCCUCAUUCGCCGUCCAUACACAAACAAGAAAGGGAGACCUUAAGCAGUAACAUGCAUUGGGCACUAAACAGUAGCCUGUCUUGGGCUUCAGAUAUACAUGUAAUGUCUAUUCCAUGGUUCUGAAGAAAGAUAUCACAAUAAAUACAUUUAUCGUUUCUAAUUUUUAUAUGUGUUUAAUAAUUUUUUUUGUUUUUACAGUUCCCGUACUGACAACUACACCAUCAACUACAACACUGGUAAGACUGUCAUAUUGUUACGUUAUAAUAUGGAAAAAAAAUAUUUCAACCUUUCUUCAUCUUUUAUAUCUAAUCAUCCUCUUUUAUCUUGCUUUAUAUAAAUAUGUGCUCUUGAUUUUAGGACGUGUGUAGGAAUGUGCACUGCACAGCGGUGACAUGUAAUGAAGGAGAGAGUUUGGUGAAACUGGAUUCAGCAGAUCCUUGCUGUGCACUUGAAGUGUGUGUUGGUAAGUUCUUAGAUGAUGAAGACAGUGUAUGCAAGACUUAGAACUGUAUUGGUCGUAAUAGAUGAUAGACAGAUUAUUUCCUGUUAAUGAAAGGUGGGGUUGGGAUAAGCUCCUUUCUCUUGUUUAGUUCUUCCAUUUGGAAAUUGCUUUCUAAAGAAUAGCUAAAGGAAUAAACAUAGUUCAUUAUUAAAAAAUUGCAACCUUACUUUUGGUGUUAUCUGAAACUUGCAAUGUCAUGUGCUUAAAGGACCACUCUAGGCACCCAGACCACUUCAGCUUAAUGAAGUGGUUUGGGUGCCAGGUCCUUCUAGGGUAAACCCAUUUUUUCGUAAACAUAGCAGUUUCGGAGAAACUGCUAUGUUUAUGAAUGGGUUAAGCCUUCCCCCUAAUCCUCUAGUGGCUGUCUCAUUGACAGCCACUAGAGGCGCUUGCGUGCUUCUCACUGUGAUUUUCACAGUGAGAGCACACCAGCAUCUAUAGGAAAGCAGUGAGAAUGCUUUCCUAUGUGACCGGAUGAAUGCGCGCGCAGCUCUUGCCGCGCGUGCGCAUUCAGCCGACGGGGAGGAGAGGAGGCGGAUCGGAGGAGGUGAGCUCCCCGCCCAGUGCUGGAAAAAGGUACGCUUUAACCCCUUUUCCCCUUUCCAGAGCCGGGCGGGAGGGGGUCCCUGAGGGUGGGGGCACCCUCAGGGCACUAUAGUGCCAGGAAAAUAGUAUGUUUUCCUGGCACUAUAGUGGUCCUUUAAUGAUUUAAUGAUUGCAAUGUUAUGUGCUUAAUGAUUUAAUGAUUCAACGUUAACACAAUCUAUUUUAUGCUAUUUAUAGGAACCACCACAACCACUGUACCCACCACAACAGAAGUGAGUAUAUGCAAAAAAAUCGCACUAAUUUCUCACAGGUCAUUGUUUAUAAUGUGUAUUUAAACAAUUCAGGCAGAUACGUAGGUGGGUUAGAUAAGGGUUUUUCAAUUUAUUCAAUGUCAUAUAACACCACACUACCAAUCAACAUAACAUAAUUGGUGUAGUUUAUUGCAGUUCAUAUUCAUCAACUAAUACUGUUAAAGGAAAUUAAAAGCAUGGCGUGCAUGUGUCAACUCAGAAACUGUUGACAUAUUAAUUGUGUUUAUGUAAUGUGUAUAUACUUUACAGGACAAAUGCAAAUAUGUCGUGUGUGAUGUAACAGUAUGUUACAAGAGUGGUUCAUAUAUGGUGCAACUCCCUUGGUCAGAUCCGUGCUGUCCACGUCAUGAGUGCGGUAAGUUCUAAGAACUUAACCCCUUAAGGACACGUGAUGUGUGUGACAUGUCAUGAUUCCCUUUUUUUCCAGAAGUUUGGUCCUUAAGGGGUUAAUGGAGUAUGUCAGUAGGAGAUAUUGAUGUUUAGAAUUCUUGUCUAAAUCCAAGCAUUUACAUGUAGCCUCAUUCACCCAAUAUGUAGUAUUUAAGAUACCUUGUAUUUCAAAAUAUAUAAGACUUAGUCCAGUUACUUAAUAACCAGCAUUUGUUUCUGCGUUUUUUUAUGAAGAUAAUGUCUAGCUAUACGGGAUCUGAGUAAUAUGUGUAAUUUCUACAUAUUAACUAUAUUGAUGGGUUUUAAAAGCUGAUUUAGCAAAAGCUCACUAGUGAAUGCAAUUUUACAUCAACAAAAGGCAAAGGCAGAUUGUACCAGUUAUGUUGAUAAUCAUAUUCCAAAGAUAUUUUAUCUCUACUGUGUUAAGACUUGAUUCUGUUUUUUGAAUUCCAAUUGCCCUAAAAAUACGGUAUUUAAUUUUAUACAAGGCAACUGAUUUGGCAACUAAUUUAUUUAUUUGUCUUUUUUUCCCAUGUUGGCUAUUGGUUUUAAAAAAAACAGCAAAUUAUUCUGGACCAAAAACUUCAAUUUGGAAUCUAGCAGUUUAUCUAGCUUGUAAAUGUAACUCAACAUAACUUGAGCAAUAAUGGAUUUUACAAAACAAUUUUGAAAAAAAUACAACACAGUAUUAAACAUAUAUAUAUAUAUAUUUAUUUUUUGUUUUGUUUAAAAAAAAAAAAUUCUGUUUUUCUAGCAUGCAAGAUGUGUGAAAAUCCUCCUAUAUGUGACAACGGAGAACCACCAAUUGCACAAUUUGAUGAAAAUACAAUGUGUUGCCCAGUGUAUUCUUGUGGUAAGUACCUACCUCAUAUAGGAAGACUAUAUUGAGUGUGUAGCACAAGGAAGGCAAUGUACAGUAUUAAACAAUUAAUGGGUGAAAGUCUGAAAACGGAGGAGGAACAUUAAAUUUGCUCUCCAUGAAUAAAUGUUAAUUAUUUUCUGUACCAUAUAGGUUAGUCCAGCUGCCCACAUCUUGGAACAAUAUUUUACCUAGAACAAUAUUUGAAUUUAAAAUCAAUGUAGUUUGAACAUAUUCUAAGGAUAAUGGCAGAUGGUCAAAUUCUAAGCAGGUCCUAUCAUACAGAACAUGUACUCAUUCUACAAAUUAAGGAGGGUGCAAAUUAUAUUAAUAUCAAUUUAAUGUUGAUAGCUGUGUUUUUGCAUUAAAUAAAAUAGAAAAAAUGUACAUACCACAAGUAACAUCAAUCUUAAAUAAUUUGUUACUGAAACUCAAGAUUCAAAAGAUAGAUAGACAAUGUUUCAUGCUAUUAAAUCAGUCUUAUGCAAUAAAAACACUAAUCUAAUACUGACAUUUUUUGGUAACAGAACAGAAAAGAACUACGACAACUGUGUCUUCUAAUACACCGGUAUGUUUGUACUUUUUUGUUGUUUAUCUUUAUAUUUAUACUGAAUUUUAAAAUGUUGCUUUAAUUCUAUUUCCUCCCAAUAUAGAUAUACUCUGGGGAACAUGUGCAUAUAAUAUAAAUUAUUUGAAAGUAAUGAUGACAAUGAAUUCGUUUAAAGAAUAGAAGGAAGAUAAUGAUCCACCUUAGACUUUUUAGCACUGAUCAGCACUCAAAAUUUUAAAAAAUGGGGAACUUUAUAUAACCCUGUAGUUUAUGUGGGAACAAACAAAACUGUAACAUCUCAUAAUAGGGAUGCUUUUAGAGGAACAUUCCAUAGAACUAAGCAAUUUACUUUAAUAACUGUUCAAUGCCGAAUAUGUCACAAAUAAAAGUACUUAGAGGGCUUGUUUGCUUUUCAUGCUGUCUUUACAAUAUUCUUUAUCAACAAGUUUGCCCUAUUGCAUAUAUAAAAAAAAAUAUUACUUGGGCUGUGUUAGAUGGGAUAGACAAGGGGUGCCCAAAAAGUAGAUCUCCAGAUGUUUUAAAACUACAGCUUCCAUGAUGCUUUGUCAUUCUAAAGGUAUGCAAAGGCACGCAAAGCAUCAUGGAAGUUGUAGUUCUACAACAUGGUAGGUAGGUUUCAUUCAGUUCAACUCUUCAACCUAGUGAGGUGGAUAAGAUUGAUAGGGAAUGAUAGUAUCUAUUUAUGUAUUGUCACUUAGUUAUGUCAGAGAGCAUGAAUUAAAGACAUUGAAUUCCGAUAUGGAGCAAACAUAUUAUGCAGAUGUUCCUGGACAGUGCUAUAUGAUGGAACGUCUGAAUGAUGAUACAAUAAUAUCCUUUGUUUAUUUACUAUGCAGAACCCAUGCACAUAUGUUGAGUGUCCCACUAAAACAUGUAAUUAUGGCGAAUAUCUGGUGGCAAUCAGUGGAACAGACCCAUGCUGUCUCGACCAUAAAUGUAGUAAGUAUGAAUGGGAUAUUUAUUUGCAUUUUGAAUUUUAUAUAUGUAUGUGUUGAUAAUCCUAGUUUAAAACUUUUAAAGUGUUUUAUGUUUGUUUUACUAAACUGCCAUAGACAAGUGCAAUUAUUUAAUCAAUACAGCCCUUACCCUUAGCCAGAAUAGCAUAGAUGUCUAUUUGAAUAUUAAUUUUAUUUUAGUUAAAUAUGUCCUUACCCUUAUAAACAUAUCAUGUAUCAUGUAUUUAUUAUUUUUUAUUUAAUUUCAUCACAACCUUGUCCAGACUUCGACAAAAUAAUAUAAUAAUAUCAAUGUAUUUUUUUUCUAGUACCUGAAGUCACCACUCCAGUAAGUUCACAGUUUUAUCUAUCUAUCUAUCUAUCUAUCUAUCUAUCUAUCUAUCUAUCUAUCUAUCUGUCUGUCUGUCUGUCUGUCUAUCUAUCUGUCUAUCUCUAUCUCUAUCUAUCUCUAUCUAUCUGUUUGUCUGUGUGUCUAUCUAUCUAUCUAUCUAUCUAUCUAUCUAUCUUCUACCUAUCCACCCAUCCAGUUUGGACUUCUUAUACUUUCUGUUACUUUAAUGUUUUUUUAAUUUAUUUUACAGGAACCUCCCAUCUCUACCAUCACUACUCCUUCGGUAUGUCAUUUAUAAUCCUUUGUUGAUAAGUCAAAUCAAGUUUACCUUAGUUAUAACAGAACAAUAAAACAUUUGCAAGGAUUGGUACUCUAAGCAUUAUUUGAGAUCAGAGAACCAUGUGUGUUAUAGGAGAAUAGUCAUAUGUUUGGCCUAAAAAGGUAUUGAGUCCCAUGCAAGCAAUACAGCUACAAUUAGUCAGGACACUAUUGUCAGUUUGUCGCAAAUAUUAAUUUAUAUCAACUGACUUGCUUAAAGAGGCACUCACGGUAAUAUAACCACCACAGCUAACUAAAGUGUUUAUGGUACGAGGAGUCAUUGGUCCUUUGUGAUAGCCAUUUGGGAACCAUCUCUUGGUUCUUUGCUGAACUUUUUGAGAACAGUUUUGUUUUCUUUUUCUUUUUGGGAACAAACUGGGGCUAUCUCCAGCACUCGGAGACCACCUCCUCCUCAGCCAUAUUAAUAAUGUGUAUUUAAAAUUUCCUUGCUUUCAGUAACAAUUUCAUCCAACUUGGAUGAAAGUGAUAGGCCGAGAAUGCUAUUUCAAGCCAAUCACUGCUAUCUAGCUUGAAAUAAAUGAAUAUGAAUAAUGCAAAACUGUAAAUGUCAAAUUAUCAAUGUGGCUGAAAAUGGGUGGUCUCUGUAGGCUAGUGAUAUCCCCUGUUUUAUUGAAAUAAAAAAAUAGAUUGACAAAGAACAAGGGGAAGUCUCUAGAAUCUUGACUGUAUACCCACCAAAAAAAGAUAUGUGGUUCAGAUUGUCCAUUUACAUCCGUUUUAGAUGACUUAUCUGGUUUACAUUACAUUUCUUCUCUCUGUUAGCCUUGUGAAAAUGUGCAGUGUCCAACCUCCAAAUGCCAUUUUGGAGAUACUGUCUUGGUGAAAGUAGACUCAGAAAAUCCAUGCUGUGCAUUGUAUGAAUGUGGUAAGUGCACACGUUACAUCCAAAGUAACAAUCUAUAAUAUUCACAAAUACAUAAUUUGUUUCAUUGGAGCUAUUGAAAAUUAUAUUAUCAUGCAAAAUGCAACACAAUUGAUGCUGACGUAUGAAUAAUAUGAUUACUCUCUGUGUUAGAAUUCAAUAAAGGCUAGAUUUAAGCACUUCACAUGAAAACGAUCACACAGUCAAAAACAAAUUCAUCAGUAUUAAAGAAAACACAAAACAAUGGAACGUCACCUUAUAUUAUUUUCAAUUGUUUCUUCUCUAAAAUAGAAUAGUCAACUGGACAUAUUCACAAAAUGUUGAAUACAUCAGUUACAAGUUAAGAAGCAUUUUUUUUUUGUGAGCAAAAGCCAAAUAAAUGUGAAAACAUUUUUAAGAAAUGCAUCUCCUAACAAAAGUGAAAUUGAUCAUAAUAAAGUUUAAAUAGGCAGUAGAAAAAUAGAUUGUAUUCAGUAUAGUGAUCUUAAUUUGUCGACUUGUGGAUAAAAUUCAAAAAUGUUUAAAGACGAUGUUUACUAUGAUCAAAAAAACAGUUAACAAUGAGAAUAAUCACAGAACAACUAAAACAAAAAAAAACAAAAAAAACUCUAAUUUAAAUAAAAGUACCUUACAUCUAAAAGUGAAUUAAGGUUAUGCAUUCCAUCCAAAAUUAUAUUUUACCUGUUGAGCAAACUAGCAAUUGACCAGCCGUGAUGGCACAUUGCUGUAGUCUCCAACUACUAGACAGACAGAUGUUAUUCAUUAUCACCAAAAAAACUUGAAAAUGAAGCAAUGCUUUGGUUUAUUCAUUUCUCUUCCUGUCCUAUCUAGUUCCACCUACUACAACUCCAAUGCCAAUUACGACAACACAGGUAAGCAUAGUUAAUAGCAACAUUUAUCAAGGCACAUUGUGCCAUUAGAUAAUACAUAAGUGUACAAAUUGCACAUGAUUGUUGAACCCAAGUUACUUACUGUUGUUGCAUUUGCAGAAUAUAUGCCAGGAUAUUGUAUGUCCAGUGCACGACUGUACUAUGGAAGGAUCCUCAAAAAUUGAAAUUCAAAGCAAUGAUCCCUGUUGUAAAGCAUACGAUUGUGGUAAGUUACUCUGUGAUCAUGGAAGGACAAUAUUGUAAAAUUCAAUAAUAUAUUAGUAAUCCCCUUUUUAUUUUAAAAAAAUGAUUAGUUGAAUUGAUUCAUUGCAAUAUUUACUAAGAAAUAUAAUUGGAAUUGUAACAUUUUGUCAUUUUGAUUUUAAUUGGAUUCACUAAAAUUCUGAGUUUGGGUAAUAAGUCUGUAAAUUGAUUUUUUUUGUUUUUGUUUUCUAGUAUGCAGCCCAUGCAGCCCAGCUCCUUUCUGUAAUGGAAACAAGCCCAUCAUGAAAAUUGAUCCCGAAACACAAUGCUGCAUACAAUAUGAAUGUCGUAAGUACCCAUCUAAAGUGUUGCACAUCAAGCAGUAACACAAGACUUAGAUAACUAUAUUUAUGAUUCUGUAAUCUACAGGAUUAUUGGUUUCUCUGUACUUAAUGAAUAUCCUCAAAACCCAUAUUGACUUGUGAUAUACCAAUAUGAUCCAUUAAUGGAACACUAUAGUGUUAGGAUUACAAACAUUUAUUUGUCCAAUUCGAUGCUCCUCACAGGGGAGCACUGGGGAUGAAAAGUAUAUGUGCGUUAGUGCUUCACCUAUAUUGGAGGUUGACUAUGAGAACGAAGUUUGACUCGGUUCUCCCAGUAUAAGCACCUCUAGUCACUGUCAGGUAGGCAACCUGCAAUGUAAACAUUACCAUAUCUACUAAACGGCAAUGCUUUUACAAUACAACGUUUAAACUAAAUGACCAUUCCACCCAGAGCACUUCAUUGAGAUUAAAUGGUCUGUUUACCUUCUGUGAUCCUUCAAUCUACAUGGAUCCACAAUUAUUGGAUAUAUUUCAAAAUCUAAACUAAAGAAAAAUGUACUUGUACUCUGUUCCAAAUCCCUAUGCACAUUUAAAUAACUGGAGGUUUUUUAGCUCUCCUGCCAUGUCAAGUCAAAACCUCUUAGGUAAGUCUUACACUAACAAUUCGCCUUGCCUCUUUAAGCUGAAUGGUAAAAUCUAUAAUGAGACAGAAAGGGGUAUUAUUCUAUACCCCUACAUACUUAUUAACCCUUAAUUGGGAAAUCAUUGAGUCAGCGGCAGCACUGUAACAUGGCUGUGUAAUACAAAAGCCUUUCAGCUUAAAGAAGGAAGACGAAUUGUUAGUCUAUGACUCAACCACAGGUUUUGUCUUGACGUGGCAGGUGGGCUUAUCCUUAAAUUGUCAUUGGAAAGAUACUAAAAAACCUCCAGUUAUUUAAAUGGUUAUUGAGAUUUGGGACAGUGUGCAAGUAACAUUUUCUUUGUGUUUUAGUUCAUAUAUUGGGCUUGAUGUGUACUAUAGUCAUUGCAGCCGCCCAUGAGAAGUGAGAGUUUGAGUGCAUGACUUCAUUUUGACUGUUUACAUUUCAAAAUAUGUUUGAGAAACUGAUUCCUAAUGCAAUACUUUAUCAAAUAUGUUAUUCUGUAAAUUAAUAGUUGCUUUAUCUAAAAAGCUGAUAACGUACACAUUUAUCAUUGUCUGUCAAAGACGAUGAUUUUUACUGUCACAUCUGAUAAUCACACUAAUCAAAUGUAAUAGUAUCCAUAUAUUAUAUAAACUGUUACAACCUUGGCAUAGUAUCACAAAAAAAAAAAAUACCAGUAAAAAAUUAAUUUUAAGUAAAAUGCCUAAAUAAUUAAUAGUUAAUGGAAAACAUUUUCACAUUGAUUUUAUUCUCAGUGUAUUAUAACACUUACAGUGUUCCUUCUGUAUUUCAGCUGUAGAAAAACUGCCAGAAAAAACAACAGUAAGUUCUAUGGUAUAAAGCAGGGGGCCUCAAACUGUGGACCUCCAGUUGUUGCUGAACUACAACUCCCAUGAUUCUUUGAAUUACAUAGAUAGCCAGAGAAUCAUGGGAGUUGUAGUUCAGCAACAUCUUGGGGGCCGGAGUUUGAGGACCCCUGGUAUAAAGUAUUGAUUAUGUGGGUUUAUGUAUUGCAGUAAGUAGUCACAGAUACACAUGGUGUUAACUAUAAUCCCAGUACCAUUAAAAUAUUCCAACUGUGUUGGUUUUUUUCACUGUUGUAGCACUACAGUUUAAAUAUAGUGUUAUUAAAUGCUGGAUUACACAUGCAAACAUUAAAAUAUUGAAAAAGUCAUUAAACCACAUCCAUUGGGCAGCCUGGAGAGAUUAGCAUAGCAGAUGGCGCUCUGGUUCCAUUAAGAAAAAUCUAUUAGCAUUUCAGUCUUCUGAUGUCAUUGUCAUUAAAGAGACACUCCAGCAACCUAAAUCACUUUAGCUUCUAAAUAAAUUAAAAUGGUAACACCUCCUUGACUUUCAAGUAUACAACCAAUCCUGUUUCUUCCUGGUAGUUUUGCUCAGUGGAGUUAAACUCAUGAGGCAGCAAUUGCCCAGAUCAUCUCAUUGAGCUGCAUUGGGAAGUCUGUGAUUGGACAGCCACAGCAAGUCUGGACGGGUGUCAGAAUGGGAGGGUUUGGAAAAACUACAGACAAGAGGACUGCAGAUUCUGCAAGCUGUUUUUAGCUAUACCCCCAAUUAAAUAUGUAUAAAUAAAUGCAAGCAAGUUUUCAUCUGGGUAAUAUCUACUAAACAGAGUUUUUAUCUAUUUUGUAUUUGGGCAAUCGAGUGUCCCGUUAAGUUGAGUGUACCUUUAAGUUGAGCAAAAAAUCUAAUUUAGACCCCACUAUGUAUUAAAAAGAGAGGGACAGACAAACCCUCUUCAGUUAAGUGCUUUGAUGUUUUAUUACUAUAAGAAAACACAAUAUUAAUCAACGACAAUAUCUUUACUGUAGCAUCACCGUAUAUAAUCAUGUGUAGUCACCACGCAUUAAGAUAAAUAAAAAGGAAAAAAAAAUCUGAAUUUGUAAAACACAUAGCAUUGUAUCCACUAAUUCAUAUCAACUAGAAGAAUAAUUCAGCCACAAGAGCUUAAAAAUAUACAUUGUAUCCAAAGCAAACAGAAAUCUCUCAAAUGACUCUAAAGCUAUGACUAUACCUAUACUCAACAGGCAAUUGAAAAUACACAUACAAAAUAUAAAAUACUCCACAAAACAAGUGAAUAAUCUAAUCAUACAUUCUUCAUAUAUUUAUCUAAUAUGUUCAGAUUGGGUAUGAAUGAUGCAUUUGGUGUAUAAUUCUAUUUCUUACUGAUUGGGAACGAAAUUAUACUGUGUAGUUGAGAAUAAUUUUAUAAAAUGUGUAUGCACGCAAUUUAAAAAGGUUUAGUAAUUUUUUGUAUAUAUCUUUUUUUUUCCCUAGACACCUUACAUCCCUACAACCACCACCGAGGUAUGCAAUAAUGAUGAAAUUCAAAUAUGUGAUUUUGAUUAUAUUUCCCAAUAGUUUAUUUUUUAGAAAAGGAAGAUGAUCAUCAUUUUUUUUGGACCUUAUUAUAAUUUUAUACGUUAUAUAAUAUAUUUUAAAAGUCUAUUGAUUCUGAUAAUUGUGUAUCUAAAUUCCAGGAGCCAUGCAAGGGUAUAGUGUGUGAAUCUGUAACCUGCUCGAGGAAAGGUGAAGUUUUGGUGGAUUUACACGUGACAGGUUCCUGCUGUCCCCAUGUAGUGUGCGGUAAGUUUUCAUGUACACUCUAAAAACACUGGAUAUUCAGCGAAUAUGUAUAGAGUACUAAUACAUCAUUAAAGGGACACUGUAGUCACUAUAAGCAUUUCAUCUCUUUGAAUUGGUUAUAGUGCCUGGAGUGCCCUGGCACUGUCCCUCCAUUCAGUGUUGCACCAUGUUCAUGCAGUAUGCCACAAAAUAAGAGUCCCUGGCCACCCACAGUCCGGCCCCUUCAGUAUGUGUAGCUAAGGCAGAGAUUACUCACUUUCUUGUUGUCAUACCCAUUCAUACCGUCAGUUGGAACUCUGACAGGCUAAAAUCAGUCAGCUGACACUCUCAGCCAAUCACAGCUGCCUAUUGCUGCUCAGGCUAAUACUUCCUUAUUAGCCAAAGCAGCACAGAGGGGAUGGAUUGCCGGGGACUCUUGUUUAGCAUUAAAACAUUAAAAGUUUAAAAACUGUUUAAUGCUGAAAGAAAUGAUGGUACCAGAGGACUCCAGACACUAUAAACAGUUUAAUGAGAUGAAGCAGAUACAGUGCCUACGGUGUCCCUUUAAUUUAUUUAUCUUGUUUCUAAAGAAAUCCUUUGGGUUUAAAAUGUUAACUUUGAUGUAACAGAAAAAGGGGAAUUCUAGAUAUCUAUGCAUAUAGACAGGCAUUCUCUUAGUACAGGGGUGCCCAAAAGGUAGAUCUUCAGAUGUUUUAAAACUACAACUUCCAUGAUGCUAUGUCAUUGUAAAGCAUCCUAAAGACACGCGAAGCAUCAUGGGAGUUGUAGUUUCUCAACAUCUGGGAUCUACCUUUGCGCAACCCUGUGUUAGUAUAACAAAAGUUUUUUUAUAAUCAUACAAAAAUAAAUAUUCUGUUUAGCAAUUGAUUAAAAAAAAAAUUAAUGAGUUACAUUUCUCCUACCUUCAGCACUGGAAGGCAAUGUGCUAAGUAUCAGCUACUUAUGGCAUAGUUUCUCCUAGUGUUAGAUAACUACUUGAUCACAUAUAUAUUACCUAAUUCAUUGAUUAUCUCCCAGCAUGUGCUAUCAGUUGUAAACUAUAUCAUUAUUUUUAUUUGUGUGCAGAAUGCUCCAACGUGUGCCCAAAUCCUCCUGUGUGUGAAUAUGGCAACACACCAAUAAAACAUUUCAAUCCUGAAAUUGAAUGUUGUCCAGAAUAUGUAUGCAGUAAGUACACAAAACGCAGAAAAAAAUAAAUAAAAAAUACAGUAAAAUAUAAAAAUGUUAUUAUGCUGGAUACAUUUUUCUAACUCCCAGGACGAUUGAAACCAAAUAAUUCACGAGUGGAUAUUGUGCAUUAAUUUUAAUGGAAUCAUGUUUGUCAAUUGAAUUAAAUUAUUCAUAUUAUCAAUAUCAUUACUCUAUACACUGACAAAAUGACCCUAUUGUGCAAUAAAAUUAUUACUGCAUAGAGCUGUGGAAAAUAUUGGCGCCUUAUAAAUAAUAAUACAAAUAAUAUUUUUUUAUCAUGAUAUAAACAGUUAAGCUUAGAUAAAUUCAUUUGUCCUUUAAAACAUAGAAGAACUAAACAAUGUUUUGUUUCAUUGAUAGAUCCCAUUGAACCUACAACACCAAAGGUAUGUUUCUCUUAUCAAGUUAAUUAAUGGGCUAUUGAGAUAAAACCAAUUUAUACACAACUUGUUCGUGGAUGAUAUAAAAGACAUCUUAUGGAAAGCAUACUUUAGCAAUAAAUGUAGUUCAGCAUGCAAAAAAUUUUAUGUUUUUUUUUGUCAAGACUUAUAGUAUGUUUUGUGCCUAGUAUUAUAUAUCUAAAUUGUAUGUUCCCGCUUCCACAGCAAUACUAUUUCUCAAGGUAGCAGGUACUAUAAGAAAAACGUCUGCUGCAUUGUUAGAAUUUCAUAUGGCACUCCAAACUAAGAUCAGAUAACCUCAAUCAAUUUGUAACAAGAAAACUACGCUGGUAUUUGAAUGAGCUUGAAUAAAUAAAAUAUUUAAGUUUUUGCAAUUUUUGAGUGAUAUGAGAUAACUUAGAGGUCAACAAAGAAUGUUUGUGAUGAAAUCUUGGACCACGUUGCUGUGGGUACACUGAGAUCACAAGCUAAGGAUUUGUAAAUCCACAAUGGAUUUUGAUUAUAUCUAUUUUCAACUUGCCAAUCAGUGAUUUUUUUAAUUCAGGCUGACACAUUUUAUCCUAUAGAGUACCCACAAAGCUUGCACUUUAUAUCAUGUACACUUGUUUCCUCAUAAAUAAAGCCUUGUAUCUGUAUACAAUCUUCAUGGCUAAAUUUUUUGUAUAGGUGGAAUGUAACAACGUUGUGUGCCCAACUAAAACAUGUGACGAAGAGCACACUCUGGUUGCAACAUUAGGAAAUAAUCCCUGUUGUUUCGACUAUACUUGUGGUAAGUGCAGUUAUCCAAUUUCACAAAUGAAUUAAGUGAACAAAUUAAAGUUGAGAUGAUUAAUUAUUAAGGAUGGGUUAAAAUGUUAGAACACAAUACGUCAAUGUUAACACAUACAUUAUCUUAUCAAUUCCUGACAUAGGCUUAUUGGGUGUAGAAUUGCUCACUGUGAUUUCUUGUGAUGCACAUAAUUCAUAGACAUUUCAUAUUUCAGCCAUUUCAAAUAGUUUUCUUUUAUUUUUCAGUGCCACACAUUACAACUACAGUAAGUUCAAUAUUGCUUUCAAAUAUGUCAAGUGAUGGAUUCCUUUUGUCGAUUUUUCUUUCUUCUCUUACAUCAAUAUUUCAUUUUAAUUUCACCCUACUUUUAUUGUGUUAUUCGUUAGUUUUCUUAGGUUGUCAUUAAAUGGGCUAUGACUGUAGGGUUUAUAUUACAAAUAUAUACAUUCAGAAAAGACUCAGAUAAAAGAUGAAAGCUGUAUUAUUUACUCCUACAAAGCAGCAGAGACUAUUCCAACUUCCAGAGAGGCUGAAAUUAAAUCUCCUCCAUUAUAUACCAAUAAAACAAAUAAAUAUCCCAGAAUAGGGGACAUAAAAAAAACUAAAUAAAUACAAAGAAAAAAGACUUUUAUUUUCCAUUAUAAAUUGUGUAGGGGUCUAGACAUCAGGGAAGACAGGAAAGAAGAGAAAGAUAGUCUGACGCAUUUCGCGAUUAUGAUCAUGUAAUCAAAGACUGUGCAUCAAUCAGUGUAUGCUCCAUUUGAGUAUUUCCUGGGAGCAGUGUUAUGAAUAGUUUGGGGACUAAAAAAAACAAAAAAAGAGUUAGUAAAGAGGUGGACUGUAAGUUAUUUUCCUAAAUACUCUUUAUAUAUGAAUUCUGUUAUAUUGCUUGAUUGCAUUGAAAAAUGUCAUUUCUUUAUAUGCUUCCAUCUCCUGUUAAGCGAUGUAGGUCAUAUUUCAUUCUACAGCUAGUAUUGUGUAUUCAUGUAUUUUACAGACUCCUCACAUUGUCAUCACCACUCCAACCCCAGAGGUAAGAUAAUAACCAUUAUUCAUCAAAUAAAUUUAUUUUUGUUUGUCUGAGGUGACCUCUGUUUUUGUGAGGUAGUGGUACUCCAUGUCUGAGAGCCUAAUUACUGACUAACAUAUGAGAAACUUUGAUGCGCAAUGAGCAAAUGGGCAUAUCGUUUCCAUAAAGCAUGUAAAAUGUUAAGCACCUGGCACUCCCAGUAAAUUGUACUGAAAAACAGGUGUUAUGUAUUAAACAUCAUCUAAUGUAUUAUUUUUGCAUGCAAAUGCCUCAAGGGGUUACAUCACUUUCAAACUGUUUAACCCCCCAAAGUGAGGGUCCAGCACCGAUUUGAACUCCACCCCUUGUGUGCUGUCGGGCAGGGGUGCUGCUGAUUGGCUACAGCAGUCAGUUGACGCUCUCAGCCAGUCAGUGGCUUCCCUCCCCGGCUGCACUCUGUGCUUCAUGAAACUGUGAUUUCAGUAAAGUAAGUGUGUUACACCAUUUCACUGCUAGCAUUACAUUAAUAUAUAACUUGAUAUGGUGCUAUAGUGCUUGUAACUGCUCCUAGAGGUAUUACUUUGCAGCGAAGUAAAUGUUUACCAGGCAGCAAUGUAAUGUUUACAUUAAAAAGCUUGCAGGGACAGGUAAAAGCCACCAAAACCACUACAUUAAGCUGUAAUGGAUCUGAUGACAAUAGUGUCCCUUUAAUUUUGUCUGACAAGCAAUCUGUACACAAAUUAAAAUGUUAUUAUAUGUUCAUGUGCUAGAUAUGCAUCCCUUAUUUCAAAUAAAAGUUUUACUAAUAUUUCUCAAACAAAAAGUGUUUGGUAGUGAAGGAGUUAAGAUGAACUCAUUUUUGUGUCCCUUGGAUUACUUGUGAUGUCCUGAUUCUUGCAGGAGAACACAAUGUAUUAAGUGUUUUGACUAAUUUCAUUUAUUUUUAUUUAUUUUUUUAAAAGCUUUACUGUGAAUUACUCUAUAUGAAAUUAUAGUAGAUAGCUAAUAUUGUUUAAACACAUUUUUGUGUUUUCUUCCUGUCAGCCUUGCCACGAUGUUGUGUGCCCACCACCUACCACCUGUGAUCUUGGAGAUACCACCUUGGUAAAGAUCGAUCCAGCCAAUCCUUGCUGUAACAUAAAUGAAUGCAGUGAGUAUCUUGUAAAGGAUAGCAAUCUAACUUAAAGAAAAGAUAAUGACACCUUUAUUGAUAUGUCACUUGAUUUUUUUUCUGGGUAUCUGGACAAACGAAUUAACUGGAAUAAUAAAAUUGGAGCUAUAUUUGUCGACCUUUUUUACAUUUCACUGUACCCUAUAGAAUAAAAAAGAACAAAUAUUUACAUUUCACUGGGAUACGCAAAUAAUUCCUAUAGAAAAUCCAAACUGGUCUUGUCCUGUCAAUUAUUUUUGCAACUGAGGGGUCCACAGAGAUGUGAUUUCAACAUUAUUUUAAAGAAAAAUAUGUUAGGGUGCACUUCAAAUUUAACAAUUUAAUUUAAAAAAAAAAGGGAAGACAAAUAUAGAACAUAUAUACAUGGAACAGUUACUUGAAUAAAUUCAUAUAAAAUAAAUACAUAAAGAGUGUAUAAACUGAGUGUGAUUUUGUUUUCAGUUGUCGUUCCUGGAACUACAACACCUCACUCAACAACAACACUGGUAAGCACUGUUAAUAGUUUAUUAAUAAUAUGAGAUAACACAAAACAUGCUGUAAAGUAAAUACUUUAAUUAUAUAUGUUUUUCUGCAGGAUAAAUGUAGAGAUGUUGCGUGCGCACUGCCUGAGUGUCCACGAGACAAUUCUUACCCAUUGUCUCUUGGAUAUAUUGAACCCUGCUGUGAAUCAUACACUUGCGGUAAGAUCAUCUAAAUUCCUAGCAGUUUUAUACAUUGGACACAAGGUCAAGCAUUUAAACUGGAAGAAAGGAGAUUUAGUCUAAGGCAAGUGAAAGGAAUUUUUUCCUAGUUUGCUAAAAAAAAUUGGAAGCACUGUGUUUUUGCCUUCUUUUGCAUCAACAGCAAAAACAGAUGUGAGAAAAGCAGAACUUAAUGGAUGCAUGUCUAUUUUCAGCUAUAUAAUUAUGUAACUAUAGCACAGAUUAGUAGGAUACAUCAUUUUAGAAUUAAUUCCCUAUUCCCUACCUUCCAAUACUGGGAGAUAUGAAUGAUUGGCUGAGUGAGAGGGCACCAAGGAGUGGGCAUCAGCGUGGCAUACAUCCACAUCCGGCUCAAGGCUGCUUGUUUGGAACACCUAAUCUGAACUGAGGAACUUUAUGCUUUAUUGAUAUUUGGAGGCUCAGUAAUUGGGUUUCCAUCCUUGUGGUUCUGUCUAGAUUUUACAAACCAGUGUUGUACUGAUCCAAAUUCAAGGCUAUCUAAAAUUCAGGGCCAUUCCAUCUUAUCUGGAUGUUUUUGGAGGUAUAGUUUUCUCUGUGACUAGCAGUAUAUUUUUUUCUAUAUGAUAGUGACAAAUACUAGGAAAUGAAAUAAUUGUCAUGUAUAAAAAGGGAAAUAUUUUAAUUGUGAUCUCUGUAUGUAUUUAAUUUUCUCAUAGUAUGCAAACCAUGUGGCCCACCUCCAUCCUGUGAUGGAUACGAAAAGAUUUUUAAUUCUGAAACUCAGUGCUGUCCAACAUACAUUUGUCGUAAGUAUCCAUUUAAAUUAACAUACUGUUUUUAUACAUUUUAUAUAUAUAUUUAUAUAGAGAGAGAGAUAUAGAGAGGGAGUAAGAUUGCGGUGAGGACAAACACGAUACAACUCCCCAUAGUGCAAGUACAAAAAGUUAAUGUUAUGCAUCAACUGCAUAUCUCAAGUUAAAUUACAAAUGCUCUUUCUUAGGCAUAAAACUCGAGAAAUUAUGUUUCCACACUAUCCCAGAUUUCCCAGCUUGACAUGCAAAUAAGCAAAGACAGUCAUUGUAUCAAUAUGUAAAAAAUGCAUAGAAGAAUUUGGGGGAUAAUUCAUAUUUCUGGAUUUGUUUAGGUCAAUAUAUUAUUUCAAUGCAUUAUUUAUACUUUCUUAUUUGUUUUCCUAUUACAGCUGUUAUUUCAACUACCACAGUAAGUUAUAUGACAUAAAAUGCAGCUGUCAAUAAUAUAUGUUCUUCUGUUGUGAUUAUAAUCAUCGACCUUUUUUCUUUUUAUUGUUGAUAACUACUGAAGUAAUUUGAGGUAAUCAGCAGUACUAUAAAUGGUCUGUCAAUAAAAUGACUCAAGGAAUACCUUCAGUACAGCCAUGAUACUCCGUGGAGUAGUGAAUAUGUUUUUUUGUUCUUGCCUAGGGACACAAUUCAGUUCAUAAUAAAUCAAUACCAUAUUGGUCUAAAUUAUAUGAAAAAGUUUAUAUUUAGUUAAUAAAAAUUAUGUAUUCCCUAAGUAAUUAAAAUUAAUUUACUAAAAUAAAAUAAAUAAUUUCCUAAUAGUUUAUUGUUAAGAAAUGUUAGAAUUUUUUUAGCAGAUAAGAAAAUAUGUAAAGUUGGUGAGGGUGGCAAGGGGUAGGACUUACAUAGACACUCUUUGUGGAAUACGCGCCAUUAACUAAACAUAGCAAAAGAAAAUAUUUAAUAAUACAAAAACAGGGUGUCCAGUGAUAACGAUAAAAAGUAACUAACUUAUUUUAUGGUAUAAUUUAUUGCGUUCACAUUCUGUUUACAUACUGUUAUGAGAAAAUGAAACAAAACAUCUUCAUAUAAGGUGUUGUAAAAAUAUAUAUUUGUAAAAGUCAUUUUAAUAUUCUCUUUUUUUUUCUUUAGCCAAUACCCACUACAACUACUGAGGUAAGAAAUGCUGAUGGUAGAACUCACAUAGACAGUCACUUUAUUACAUUUAUUUUUUUUUUUGUUAGAAGGUAAUUCCCUGUAGUCUUGUGUCAGGUCAGCAUCUGCAAAAUGAUUAAGGGCAGUUAGACUGCCCAAAAUGGGAUGCUGUGAUUCUCUGCAACUGGAACCUGUUUUCUAUAGGCCAUUGGUUACAUUGCACAGCAUGUGUUCUACUUUUAGAAUGUCGUAAAGGAGUAGUUAAUGAUAAUGGGUAUUAUGUAUAAAAGCUAUUUGUAUUGAAUAGUUCUGAUAAUAAAGCAAUCACUUUAGUAAUGCACGAUUCCUGCUAAUUACACAAUUUUACAACUUUGUCAUCCCAAUGUUUUUUCCAAUGAUACAAUUUAUUUAUUUAAAUUCUAGAAUCCAUGUCUGAACAUUGUGUGUGAACCUCUAGCACAGUGCAGCAAGAAAGGCGAAACACUAGUGGACCUAUCCUGGGGAAAUACCUGCUGUCGCAAUAUAGUGUGCCGUAAGUUCUUAUGAAAAAAUCUAGAGACACAGAAAUAAAUAUAGUAUUGUUAAUGUAGGGGCUAAAGGAGCAGCAGCUCCAUGCCCAUGCUCUGAAGUAUGCCCGAUGUUGAUAACAGGACCAGCACUCACCAACUAAAAGAAGGAUUUUAAAACUAUUGUGCCACACAGACUAGGGUGACUACAAAAUCCCAAUAGUAAAUCAAAAUGCCAGAAAAUGUCAGGGCACACAAAGAUCAAACUACAGACUUUAAUGGAAAUGAACAGGCAAUGUUUUGGCUCGAGCAGCAGCCUUUCUCAAGUGGUUAUUUUGAAGUACACCUAUAGUAACAACAAAAUUAAAGUUUUUUAAAAAAAUUUUUAUUUAUCGUGAAAUAGGCUACUCAUACGGUGGUGCUCUGCUCAUUAUGUAUCCAAUUGCCUUUUCAUUUAGUAAUAGUCUCGGAGGGCUCAGCCUGUUUUGUGCAGAGACUGGUUUACAUAGGUUAGAUAUGUGACUUUGUAAUCCUAUAAGAGGUAGAAUACAGACAUCAUUGGACCAACAGUAGCUUUGUUAUAUGUCACACAUACAAUCCAUGGCAAUUAUGACAAUAAAAAUAGAAAUUUAAUCUCACUCAUUAGGACCAUCGUAUUUUUCAGUUUCAUGCCAAUGAAGCCCUAAAUACGGAACUGAUAAUAUUAAUUUAUUUUCGUUUAAAUAAUUAAUGUAUGAUUCUCUUUGGGUUUCAAGAUGUAUGUUUAAUCCAAAGUAAAAGGGAUGAUAAAUUUGAUCUUUGUUAUAGAAGGUUAUAAAUACAAAUUCAAUAUUCAGUCCAGAAUUUUAACACUAUUAGGCUAUUUAGGUUUAACUCAAUUUCUAAUUAAGUCUUCUAAAGCUUAUUUUCAAACUGAACCUCUUUAUUCAUCCAGUUAGGUCAGUCAGUGUUCGAAAAGGGCAACCAACAGUCCCACCAACAGUCCAGGACAUUUCCAUGUUGUGUUGCUAAAGAGAUACUAAAAAAACCUGGACCACUAGCCUGUCUUAGUGACAGGUUGGGCAAUAUUGGUCUAGGGCACAUCUACUCUGUGUUUUAAUUAACUGCAUCAUUACCUCCACACAAAGAAUACACACCAAUACGUGUCAUUAGUUGUAAACAAUCUGGCUAUUUUUUUGUGCAGAAUGCCCCACGGUGUGUCCUGAUGCUCCAGUAUGUGAAAAUGGCAAACCAGCAAUCAGGAAGUUUAAUCCUGAAAUAGAAUGUUGUCCAGAAUACGAAUGCCGUAAGUACACUAAACACCGAAAAAGAAAAUUAAAAAUAAAAUCUAAAUAUUCUACAAUGCUGCAAAGAGUUUUCCUAACUCAAGACUCCAUAGGAUGAGUGAAACAGAAUAUUCUGUAAGAGGAUAUGUUAUAGGCAGAAUCAGCAAAGUGAUUAAAGUACAGUAUAGCGUGAAUUAGUCAUGUUAAUGCUUUAUAAGAAUGGAAAAUGAAAAUAUAUAAAUAAAUAUAUAUUUUUUUUGUUUUACCAUUCUAAUUUUAAUUUCAGUUUACAUUUUAUUUUUAAUGCUUUUGUCAAUGUUGUGCUUUUACAUGAAUGUAAGAUUGUGUAAAAACGUCAUCUAUGUUCUAGAAAUUAUAUAAACUUCACUCUACUGAGUUCACAGCAGUGACAGCUGGUGAGGUUUUAAGAUGGGGUGGUGCUAGGCUCCUCCCUAUACAGUACAGAGAUACUCAUUUAAUACAGAGAGCUGAGUAUAAUACAGAAAUGCUCAUACAAAAUGACAAGCUGGGGACAACAUAAAGAUAUAUAUUAAAAUUAACAGAGCUGAGCAAAGAUACCUGUACAAUAUACAUAGCUGGACAGACUACAAAGAUAUCCAUAAAACAGAUAGAGCUGAGUAAAAAAACGGUUCAAUGUAUGUUAUCAUUUCGCAUACAAAAUAAAAAUAAAAAAAAUACAGAGAAAUAACACACAGAGUUAGGCACAAUAAAGAGAUACUAAUAACCAUCCCACACAUCCAGGAUCACUACGAUGGAUUACACUGAGCUUCAAUACAUAGAUAUCCACACAGUACAUGAUCCAGCUCACUCUCUCUCUUCCUAGCUCACUUACAUUUCCCUUUCAUGAUCUCAUCUCCAGUAGUGCUCCUGCUAUGAUCAUUUUAGCUUUCUAGUAAAUAUUGCUGCUGUUAUGAAACAUGUCAACUACUCCAUUAGUGCUCAGUGUGUGCAUGGUUAAAGCAUCGAGUUACUGUAAGACUCCAAUCAUAUCAUGACUCACUAUUAGCUCUCAACACACUGUAUAUAAAGCAGGAAAUUGAAAUACUCCUUUAUUACCUUUGCAACUGGCAAUACAAUUAAUCUGCAGUGGUAAUAUAGAGUCAAGAAGUAGCUGACAUGAUUAACAGAAGCAACAACCAUUAUAGAUUAAAACAGCCCACCCCUAAGCUUUCAUGGCUUUCUAUAUAUUAAUUGUAAUUUGAGUAAAUUCCCUUGCUUAAUCAGCCAUCAGACAGUCACUGGGGCUUUAGGGCGAGAGAAAUACACUUACAUCUGACCGGGCCAAGAGCUGCUGCUGCACUCUCCCUGUGCUGCUUCCAAGGUGGCUUCUUGCUUCUCUCUCCUGUGGGCACUGUAACCCCACCCACUUGUCCUAUGAGCCAAUGAAGGCCCCUGAAUAGAGAGGUCAAUAAUAUUCCUCAACUCAUGGGCAGCUGGCCCUGCUGCCCGAUUGGCAACUCAGCAGUAAUUCCUUUUUAAAGAACACUAGGCAUGUGCAAAGUCUGCUGAAACAGGGCAAAUUUCAAACCUGUCUUAUUUUUUAACAUGCUUAGAUGCUUUCAAGCAAGCUUCUCUAAACAGGUACCAAUGAGGAGGGGAGGGAGGGGGACUUGCAGAACUGUAACCUAUUACAAAUUAAAGAGACCCUAAUUUUUCCCUAUUUUUUUGGCUUUCUACUGUAUCACUGUAUGUAAUAUAUAAAUCAGCUGCUAAUAAAACUAGUGUGAUAUUACUGACAAUUGUUAAAAUCCUACCUGACUGAAAUUGGUCAUUCUUUAUUUUGCAUAUUCUCUGUUGUUUUCUUAAAAGAGUCAGAAAGCAAUGUCAUUGUGAUAUUUAAUUACAAGUUUUACGUUUCUUCAUUCAGCAUAUGUCAUGGGCGAAAGGAAUUUAUACAAAAGUAACAAUUAGAAUAUUCUGAACAGAUAUCCUGCAGUAAUUGUCAUUUACAUACCCUGCAAUUCACUAACGUCAUUCCUAUAUUUUCAAUAUACUUACUUUAUACACUGACACAAUUACUCUAUUGAAUGGUGGUGUUAUUACUGCACAACGCUGCAGAAAAUAUUGGCGCUUUAUAAACAAUAAUAAAAAUAUUCUUGUUCUUACAAUCUAAAUAUAUAAGUGUAGAUUUGUGUAUCUGGUCUUUGAAAUGUAGAAGAACUAAACAAUAUAUUCUUUUGUUUAUAGAACCCGACGAACUAACUACUCCAACUCCACCGGUAGGUUCCUAUAAUCAACAUAAAUGUAUGGGCCAUAGAAAUACUAACAAUGUCCCGUUGAAAACAUGCUUUUUUGUUGUGCAAAUUAAUGUUCCGAAACUGAGACAGCCUUCCAUGGGCUAUUUUUAAGAUGAAGUAGAUCCAUUCCAUACAGCUACCUGGUAGAAUAAAUACAGGAUUAUUCACUAAACUGAGAAUUCAAAAUUAAUUUCAAAUUUAAGCAACAAUUAGUGGAACUUGAAUCAUAGCUGAAUUAGAGCUGAAUUCUGGUUCAGCUGUUUUGACCUUAGAUUUAGUAAAUAACCCCGAUAGAGGACAUUGUAUGGAAAACCGAUUUGAGCAAUAUGCAUAGUUGAACAUGCUAAAUACAAAACAAAAUUGUAUUCCAUUGGUUACAAGCAUAGUUAUUGAUUAAAUUAUCUUAAUACAAUUGUAAAUAGAAAAAAAAUGAAAAGCUUAUUUGCAAGGAAUGCAACCUUGUACAAGGUAUAUCUAUUUCCGACUUGGUAUUCUCUGUAGUAGUUGCAAAGUUAGCACUUUAUAUCAUAUGCAUUUAUUUUGUAUCUCUAUAUUACCUUAUUGCCUUACAUUUUUGUAUUUCAGUUACCCUGUAGAGACGUUGUGUGCCCAACUAAAACAUGUGACGAAAACCACAUUCUGGUGGCAGUAAAGGGAGAUAACCUUUGUUGCUUCGAUUAUAUAUGUGGUAAGUGCAAUUAAAAAACUUCCUCCAAUCAAUUAAGUGAAUGAAUUAAAGUUAUAUACAGUGCUGUGGAAUGUCAUGGCACUUUAUAAUAAAGUAUAAUAAUAAUAAUAGUAGUAAAAAGUAAGAUGAUAAAUGAGGUUGACGGGUUAGCACAAUGUGUUUCAAUUUAAACACAAAUAGGAACUUAUCAAUUCAUGACUGAUGCUUCUUGGGUGAAGAAUUUCACAGUUAUUCUGUGGAUGUAGCUUAGGUAUAAAGGAACAAUUAUUCUUUUUUUUAAAUUUAAAAAUGUUUAUUUUUGUUUUUCAGAAACAAUUAUUCCCUCUACAGUAAGUACAAUGUUGCUUUCAAUUUUGUUUAGUGAUGUAUCAGAACCACCUUUCUGCCUUUUUCUGAAUUUUUCUGUUUUACUAUUCUAAUUUUGAUUUCAGUUUUUACAUUUUUUGUCAAUGUUGUGCUUUUUAGACGGUCAUUACAUGAAUGUAAGAUUGUGUAAAAACAUCAUCUAUGUUCUAGAAUUGAUAUAUCAAUGGAGUUUUCCCGAUAGCAAUAUCAUGAGGAAUUUGGGAGUUUCAAAAAAAAAAAAAGGUGUUAAGUUGGUGGAAAAUCCAAUUGUGAAUUAAUUACUUAUAUCAUUAUCAUUAUUAUAUAUUUAAUUGGUUUCCAUAUUUUUCAUGGAAUUCUUUUAUCUUACCUCAAUAUUUUCAUUUUAGUUUUUUAAAUGUUAUAGUUAGUGUUUUUUUAGAUUGAUUUCAUCCCAUAUUUGGCAUAAAUGCUAUUUAUAAAAAGUAGACUAAGGUUGAUGGAUCAAUGAAAAUUGAGUAUUUUGUGGGAGCAGUCUUAUAAAGAAUUUAGAAUUUAGAGAAGUUGGAGAAAGGCUUAUAAUAAGUAAACUAUUUGCAUAUAUUUAUUUAUUUUAUUAUAUUUAUAGUUUAUUUAAUUUAUAUUUAUUUUAUAUUUAUGUUAUAAUGUUUGAUUGCUUUAAUAUUGUAUUUCUCUAUGCGCCCAUCUCAAGUUUUACUUUGUAGAUUAUAUGAAUUCUACAAUUAGUGUUGUGUGUUUAUUUAUUUUACAGCUUCCUCCCACGGUCACUACACCUUUCAUUGAGGUACAUGGAUGUCACAUUUAUAACUGUGAAAUUAAUUCCGUUUUUGUUUAUUUGUUUGGUGCUUAAAUAAUAAAUGAAAACUUGCAUCCCAUAAAGUAUGUAGAGAAUAAAAUAUAAAAUAAGUUCCUGGUAGUCCUAAUUAAUUUAAAAAAAAGUGAAAUGUUAAAAUUAAAGCUUCCUUGAUGUUUUACCUUCAUAGAGAUAUAUCAGAGAUACAUUCUAAUUCUAAAGAACUAAUUUUAAGAUUAAGAUUCAACAAAUUGAAAAUCAUGACAAAUUAGUUUAAUUUACUUUAUAUUUUAAAUAUUUGCAAUGGAUAGAUUUCUAUGUGCCUUUGAAUUUCUCUUUUCCGUAGCAGACUAUAAAUGCAACACUUUAAGUGGUUCACAAUGAUUUAUUUUGUUUACUGAGUGACUUCACAUUUAUGUUUCAUGUUUAAAUUGUUUCUUUUCCUUCCAGCCUUGUCACGAUGUUGUGUGUAACACAAAACAUAACUGCAAUCCUGAAGAUUCCAUCCUAAUGAAAUCUGAUCCAGAAAAUCCAUGCUGUUCUAUAUAUGAGUGCAGUGAGUAUAGAGAAAUUAGUGUGUGAUGGAUAACAAUAUAACUAAAAAAAAAAUAUUAUAUAUAUAAUAUACUAUUUUUAUUUUAAGUAACAAAACUGUUGAAUUAGUACAGUUUAUUAUGUAAUAUUCAUCUAGGUAAAAAAAAAAAAAUCUUAAAUAUAAAAAAACAUAACAAUAUUAAAAUGAAAGCAUUUUCAAACUGUUCUCGUGGCUAAUCCAGACUGGGUUUGACCUGACCUAACUAAGUAGAAUUAAACAAAUAUAAUAAAAAUUUCUUUAGGCAAAAAAUAUGUUGGAUGUGUUAAACAAAAUACUAUUUUAAACAUGAUAUAUAAAUGGAAAUACAAUAAUUAUUAAUUUUUUUAAUUUAGUAACAAUGUAUACAUUUUAUAACAUCACUUAUACAUUGUAUUAUGUACAUUAAAAGUUUUCUAGAAUUAAUAUAUAAAUAAAUAAGAAAUAAACAUACUUAUUAAAUACUUAAAUUAUUUUAUUCAAAUUAAAUGAAGUGUGUAACAUAAUAUGUUUUUCUUUUCUCUUGUAGUUCCUCCUACAACAACCACUGUGCCUCCAACAACUACAGUAGUAAGCAUGGUUAUUAAAGUUAGCUGUUUUUUUGUCACAUAAAUUACCUUAAAACAUAUACAUUAAUUAUAUACUUCUUUUUGCAGGAUCAUUGUAGAGAUGUUACAUGCUCAGUGACUACGUGUUCACGAGAUGGCUCUUAUGCACAACCCACUGGAGGCUUUUAUGACUGCUGUCCAGAAUACACUUGUGGUAAGAUUAUCUACACUUUUAGAAGGAUUUUGGUAAAGAUUAGUUGGAUCUAUCAAUACUUCAAAAUGUCUUCCCUUCUCUCUCUGACUUGCCCCAACUUCACCUCUAUAUGAAAGUGACAUUUACAUGGAAAUUAAAAUGUUUGUAGUUAGAGUUAGUAAAUAUUUUGAAGGUGAACAUAAGAUCUUAACGUGUUAUUUUAUUUGCAGUAUGCAGGCCAUGUGCAUCAAUUCCAUUCUGUAACGGAAAUAAGGCUAUAAUGAAUUUUGAUCCAUUUAACGAAUGUUGCCCAACAUACGAAUGUCGUAAGUAUUCUGGUUACUAAUGAAUCUAUUGGAUUCCGAUAAAUAAAUGAAUGUCAAAACAAUGUAUCACUAUUCCAUCAAGGCAUUAGUUGAUAUCUCUGUAGGGUUCAGAUAAUUUGUGGACAUUUGUUUUUCUAUUUUUUAAAUUUAUGUUUGUAACUCUAGUAAUUGUGGGUAAUUUGCUAUCAAUAUAAAUGAACCCCUUAAGGACCAAUGAUUGUCUACUUAGCCACAAUAAUCUGUUCUUUAAGGAUCAUAUCCAAAAUUGGAAUGGCCCACUCAAUAAGCAAAUGUAUAUUCUAAAACGUCUUUAGAGACCAUAUUGGGAUACCAUCAAAGUACAACAUGUAGUUUUUAAUGGGUUUGAUGGAUACUUGUAAUGCUACCUAAACAUUGAAGCUUCAAUGCCUGAAUGUAACAUUUCUUAUUUGACUUUUAAAAGAAAACUGGGAAGACAAAAAUGAGUCUUACAUCAGGCUAAGCCUGUUGCUUCCAGCCUGCUCAGACUUAUGUCAAUCGCUAACAAUAAAGCAAAGGGGAAAAAAAAUAUGCUAACUCAAAUCAUCUUGAAUUUGGUAACAUUGAGUUGCUUAAAGGAAAACUUAAAAAAAAGAAAAGCGUGAUGGCAGCAAAUGUGAAAACCUUAAUUGAAAAUUUACGAUUUUAAGGAGGGUUCAGUUCUAGUGGCCAUUUCACUUUAGUCAUGUUGCUGACAAGAUAUAAACAUGGCUGUUUUUUUUAAUUUUUUUUAUCAGAAAUGACAAUGUUCUAAAGGGGAAGCAUCUAUGCACCAAAACCCCCAUAUAAUAUAGUGGUUUUGGUGCUUAAAGUGUCCCUUUAAUUGAUUUUCAUUUGCAUACAUGUUCUCCAGCCAUCAGCCAGCACAUGGUUUCAAGGGAGAGGAAAUCAUAGGUCCAUUCAGAUGCAGUCUUCCUGAUUAGCAUUGAUCCUAAAGACACGUAUUAAAUGUUUAAAUAUUAAUUAAGUGUUCUUGCAUAGCAAGACCACUUAAUGUUAUCUCACAUAUAUAUUAUUAUUAUUAUUCUUAUUCUUAUUAUAGCAAAAUUUGCCACCCUAACUCCUCCCACAGUUUUUACACUACAUAGACCAAAAUUUACCAAAACGUGCAGAUUGUUCCCGAUCGGAUUGCUAUUACUUUGUGGAACGUUUCGCCGAAUGGUUCACGGAAUAUCGUCGUUCUUGUGGCGCAAAUUUGUCCCAUAGGAAUGAAUGGCAAAGCUAGAGUGGGAGCUGGCAAAAGCUGAAAAAUCAGGACAUGAUUUCUAAACUGCCACCACUCCCUUAUUUUCAGGCCCACCUACACAAAUCUUAUAUCAAAACGUUCAGCUAUCCCUGCUGCCACUAAACAUGUCAACGGCUAAGCCGUAGUCCUGAUAGUUUUCACAAUAUAAUCAUUUGUUUGCAACUAACGCCGUCCAUUGACUUUCAUUGAAACUUCACUCUGCAAAGCUCAAAUUUGAAGUGCAAUUUCUAAACUGCGACUGUGCCUUCAAUUUUAAUACUCCAGAGACAUACUAUGCAUCAAAAUGUAGGUCUGGGUCUUGUGAUUCUCACAAUAUAAAGCUCUUCACUGUAGGAGUUAUAGUUUUUAAGAUACGACUGUUUGAAGAUGGCAACCGCCAAAAUACUCUGACCUGUGUCAAGCUGCAGCAGCAAGUGAUGUCAUAGACAGGGCCUUUUGAACACCUGCUAAUGUUUUUAUAAAUGUAUGGUUUAAUGUAACUGUGCAACAACGUUGCAAUUAAAUGUGCUAUGUAAAUGAUAAGUUACUCCGCCCACUCCAGUUGUAGACUACAGGUGGAGGCAAGAACACUUCACACAAUUUCCCCUGAAAUUGUAACCUUUCUAGUUAUUUCUUGUUAUUCGAUAUGGUUUACUUGAUGACAGCUACCUGCAGACUUUACUUUUACAUAAUAUUGCUGCUCGGGUCUGAACACUGGGGAUCUCUUACUAGAAAUCUCUGACAUAGAACACUAGCACUGGUUGGUUUCAGGAGAUGGGUUCAAGAAGGUACUUAGUAAAUAGCCAAGUUUCUCUCUGUGUAACUUGCUAUAUUUUUCAAGCUGUACCUGAUGAUAACUAACCUGUACAGUUUGAGUUACAAUGUUUACUUUACAAUUGAUUGAUCUAAAGUGAGUAAUCAACCUUGGAGAUGUUUCUCCAAAUCAUCUUUUUCCACCAACGUUUGCAUAUUGGUUUCAAAUUUGAUUUAAUUCAGUCUUCAGUUACAGUAAUACUAGAAUAAAUUUCAUCAUUUACAUUUGCACACUCUAAUACAUUAUUUUGAUGUAUGAUUUAUCAUAUAUCAACAAAAUAUUUUUAACUUAUUUCUUAUACCCCACUUAUUUUAAAAUUAUUCACAAAUCUUCAGAUGUAUUUGAUCUCAAAAUUGUGGUUAACAUAUCUGUGUUUUUCUGUUUUAUUUCAUCAGCUCCACCACCACCACCACCUUCACCAACACCAGUAAGUUAAUUUAAUAACUUUCUCUAUUACUGACCAUUUAAAUCAUUAGGUAUUGGCCUAAUCCUCAUACAUGCUAUAUUUUAAUUAAUUGGUUUCACUUAACAGGCUUGCGUAUUCUAUGUUUUAUUUUAUACAUAUUUUACUAGUGUCAUAAAAACUCGAUUCUGUAAGUUAGAAUUGAUAACUGUAAGUUUGCAUUUACCCACAAUAAGUCUACUUCAACAUGCAUUUCUCUUAGAACCUUAAGCAGUAGUGGGCACUGGCAGUGAAGAACAAAGCUCACAUGUCUAGAGUGUAUAGAUUGGUGUUCUGACAUAUAAUGUGUCAUAGUUCCUAAUGCCAAUAUGGCAAAACUCACUUGGCUUUGUGCCAAAUCCAGGCCAAGAAUACAACCUAAAAUGUUUUUUGGUUUUUUCCCCGUAAUUUAUGGAACAAAUAACACUAGGCAAUACAUUUUUUAUUUUGCGAAUUUAUCACACAGAUACCUAAUAAAACUACUAGAGCUGUAGAAUUCGUCAUUAAGCUGAUAUAGUUAUCUAACAGGUUGAAUUUUUUUCUUCUUGUAGGGUCUCUGCUCAGGUGUUACAUGUAUUAAGGAUGUUACCUGUAAAUUCAAUGAAAUCGAGAUCCACGAUGUCAACCCCAGUGACCCCUGCUGUCCAUUGUAUCGCUGUGGUAAGCAGAGAAAAUAAACAAUUUAGUAGAAUAAUAUGAAGCAACCCUGUAUUCUUUUAUUAUACAUUAUAAUAUUAUUUGCCAGAACUACACCUUAUUUACCGAAACAUGAUGCCAUAUCAUAUUUCUGCUCUAGCAGCUAGAAGAUAGCUGUUAAACAAAUCUCCAAAAUAUGUAAAAAGAAACCUCAAUGUUCAGUAACCACUUACAGUGUUCUAGUGGUAUAGUUCCAAUGUGAGCAUAGUUGGGGUUAUGUUUUGAAAAGUAACAUUGACUAAUUAUUUUGCUUAUAUGAUAGAGAUCUUUCUCUAAUAAGAAUUAAAACUUGACUUGAGGCACUGUACUUGUAUGGGACAAAAUAGCCAAAAAGUAGAAUGUAGGUUGUACUGAUAUAUCUAUCUAUAUGAAUAUAAUAUGUUAAAGUAUCUAAGGCUAGCCAACUGGAAAAAUUUAAAAAAUUUAUACUGACAUAACUCUUUCUACUUUUUCCAUUUUUUAGAACCACAAAUCACAACGGUAAGUAAUCAAUCUUCAAAAUUAUAUUUGCCUUUUGAUUUAAUUUGCAUUUCCUUUUCUUAAUUAUGAACCUCUUCUAACUUUCAACCAUUUUUUCAAUACUGCUUCCAUAAAAAUAGAAUCUAAGUUUGUAUAGGAGUUAAGAUUAAGAGGCAUGCUAUAUGUUAAGUGAUAGUUUUGAGCACCCAGCAUAAGUCACUUAAUGCCCAGAUGCAGAUAUAGGUAAUUGAAUACAUAUUUCUUUUGUCUGACUAUAUAUUUUUUUACAAUUUAGUGGCCCAUGCUUGCAUAUGUUACAUGUGUAACAACAUAAUUAUUGUACAAUAAUUGGUAAUUUCUCCAUUUAUUUUCUCAGCCCUCUGUUCCUACCACCACCAUUGUGACUUCGGUAUGUGUUUUGUUCUGCUUCAAAAUAUAAAACUAUAACUACAUUUUUAGAAACUUGAACGAUAUAUAUGAAUGUUGUAAGAUUAUAUUUGGCAAAAUGUCAGAAGUACUAGCGAAAACCAAGUUUGUGAGUUAGCUAAUCCCUUAAGGACACAACUUUAAAAAUAAAAGGGAAUUAUGAUGGAAAAUUUACAUCAUGUGUCCUAAAGUUAUAAAUAUCAUUAUCCUUAAUUUAGUUGAGAUAAACAUGAUAUAUCUUAGUACAUGCUAAUGUAACGUGUCAGAGAAUCUAUCUGAAAAACGUAGAAUCUUGAGACACUGAAUAAACGGGCAAAGGCAAGGGUUGGGGGGUUGUAACCCUAGAGCAGUUAUCUCUAUGUAAUAUUCAUGUUUAAGUUCAUUAAAUACAAAUCACUUAUGAAAAAUCUAGCAGGAAGCUAGAAUUAAAAUAUAUAAAUAGAUCUCAGUAUAUUUCAUUAUCUUCAGAUAGAGAUAUCUAAUCAGUCAUCUAAGAUAGCAACUAGCAAAGCAUCUAAUAAGAAUUUAUACAAAGUACUUUGAGAAUGUUCAAGUCAGUAGAUAAUAUUUCAAGACUAAGAGGAAUCACUGUUGAAUACUAAAUAUUGCUUUCUUUUUUUUUGUAGUCAAUUUGCAGCAAUGUCAAGUGUUACAAAGAUGUUCAAUGUAGACCCGGUGAACCCGUCAUUGAGUUACCCAAUCCAUUUGAUCCCUGCUGCCCCAGAUACGACUGUGGUAAGUUAAAAAGUCGAUCCACAUUGAUUAAUGGCAUCAUACAUUAAGAAACAAGUCUUGCCUUCAUUUGAGCUUCUUGAUGGUCCCAAAUAUCCAUGCAUUAAUGUAAAGUGACAAAUCGACCAAAAUAAUGUUUUCAUAUUGUAAUUUGUAAAGCAUAACAGGGAACUGCUUUGUGAUAAUCAUUAAUAAGCAGAUAAUAAGAUAUUGGUUACUGAAAUAAUUUCAAAAAUAAAUUCGGCAAAUUAAUUUACACACGUUAAUGACACUGAUCAUCAAAAUUAAAUAAGAUCAAGUCAACACUUGGAGCACAUUUUCCUUCUUUACAUAUUUUGUUAAAUAUUAUCAAAUUAUUGACUUGAGUGAAAUAAGACAAAACCAUAACAGUAUGUCAGUAUGUAAAUUUCAGCUCAAUUAAUAACAUAUUCAUGUGGAUUAAUGUAGAGGGCAUUAAACUUGUAUUUGAAGACUCAUGUUAUACUAGCAUGUCUUAAAUAAACAUAUUCUCCUUUUAAUUUUAGGAACUGUCACACCAACUCCUACAGUAAGUGAAUAUAUUGUAAAACAAAAUAUGUAAACAUAGUUAACAUAGUUUUUUUUUUUGUUUUGAUGUGUUUGUGUGUCAUCAGAUUAACCAGUCAUUUUAUUCAUAUUUGACUGUCCUUCCAAUGUGAUUGUCAUUUUCGUUAUACACUAUGAAGCUUACAUGAACAUUUUAUUUUUUUUCCUGUCAUAUAGUAGGGUAUCUUAUGCCCCAUUUUCUAUUUUAUUAUAGUUUGCGGCAUUGUGUAUUUUCGAAGGAUUCCAGAAUUUUUAGUUCAGCUCCUUAAACAAAUAUUCAUUACUAUAUAUACUCAAACUUUAUAUUAACACACCCUGUUUUUGCCCAAUAUUCAUAGUUCAUUAAAAAAAAAAAAAACACGUAUUUAAACAACUAACAAUAUGUAUUACUAAAAACUUUCCACUAACUGUCUGACGAUAUGUGUCUGUGGUCCUGGAGGUUUACUACACUUCCUGUAGACCCUCUUAGAACUGAUAAAUAGUUUUUGUUUUUUAAAAUAAAGAUUUAUUUUUUUUUGCUUUCACGAUGUCAUCCAUCCUUCCUUCUUUUUUUCUAUGUCUUUGAAUCUUAAUUGAAUUUCUUUUUUUCCCAACAGGUCAUUAUCACCACAAGCCAGGUAUGAUAUGAAUUCCACUUUAUUUUAAUCAUCAUGAAAUUGAUACAUUCAUGAGAAAAACGAAUUAUAUGCAUCUCCUGUAUCAUAACACAUUGCUCCGUUUAAUGUAUUUUUCAGGUUGAUUGUUCUGCAAGAGUAUGUGAAAGGAAAGUCUGUGGGGACAGUCAAAGACUGGUAGAAAGAGUGAACCCAUUAGAUCAUUGUUGUCCACUUUACACAUGUGGUAAGUAUCUAAUCCAGCCGUAUCAAAAUAUUUACAACCUACAAUCCAUUUUAAGCAAAUCGAUUCUUAAAAUUAUUAACACUAAAAUGAGACUUAUUCAAACGAUAGCAAUUAGUUUUUAACAGCUUCACUUUAUGUAUCACCGACUUAAUUACAAGGAAGCAAACAAUUUAAUGCCACAACCCACCAAUGCUAGCAAAUAAAAUGUAUGGAACUACCUUCUGCUAAGAUAUCUCACUCACACUCUUUUUACUUUAGAAGUUAACAUGUCAAUAUCUAGUACACUAUGUACCAUACCCGUAGUGUAUGGGCAGGGUAUGAGCUAGAGUUUUUAGAUUAGUUGAUGGGACUUUUGAUGGUUUUGUUUAUCUCCAGUCAGGGGAGUGCUGUGUAAUUCUGUUCACUCCACAGCAAUUAUGCCACUAGUUUUGGGCAACCCAACGCAUUUUAUAGACUUAGUUUCCCAAUGGAUUUCAUCACAUUCCAGAUUAUUCACUCCCUUUCUUUUAGCCCGCCAUAGUCCAAUUUCUUACCCAGAGUUGGAGAUAUAGAAGCAAAAUGAAUUUAGUUGGCUACAGAUAUAAAUAUGUGGCUUACAAACAGUGCAAAUAUUGUCCUUCAGCAAAUUAAAUGACCACCAACCAAUGUAAGAUAUAUAUUUUUUAAUCUAAAAUAUCCACCAACUUAUUUCUAAAAAGUUUUGUUUUUAUAUUUUUUUAGUAAAAGUACAGCAUUUCUGUGCAUGUUUAAAUCAUUACUAAUCACACACAAUUUUCUUUGUUGAAUAGAAUGUGAGUGCAAGACCGUCCCAUCAUGCAGCAGUGAUGAAAGACUGGUAGCAGUGCAUCAGUACAACCAGUGCUGUCCCAAACUGAAAUGUGGUAUGUAUCAGAACAGGUUUACCUGUUCAACUCUCAGAGUCAUUGGUUAUAGUCCAAGCAAUGUCAACUAUAUAUUCCAUUCUUCUGAGGUUAAUAAAAUAGGACACUUGAGCUGGGAAACAGUCAUUUCUAUACCAAGGACAUUGAUGGAAAUGAGAGAGAAUUUUAUAAUAUUAUGUCCAUCAUUCAUUUUAUCAGUGAAUAACCGGUUAAGUUAUUUUAAUGGACUGUUCACAAUUUGUCUAAGAGCACAAAUAUGUGAUCUAUAACUUGCAUUUAGAAUGUAAAGUAAUGUUCAUUUUGUAAAAGGUGACACUCAGUAUAUUUCUAUUUCUAUUUAUCAUUAACAUUUUUUAUAGUUCCAAUAAAUUAUGCAGUGCUUUAAAAUUACAGAAAGGGGAUAUUUAAAGGUAAAGAAUGCUCUGCUCAAAUAAGCUUAUAAUCUAUAAGAACCCUCACUGAUAAGGUGAUCUAAUCGGGAUUCAAAUCUGUGUUUCCUGCUUCUGGCAGUCUGCUCCAACCAGCUGAUAUAUCUAUUUAUUAAAUUCUUAUAAAUGUGUGUAUAUAUCAUACAUUUAACCCCUUAAGGACACAUGAUGGAAAUAUUCCGUCAUGAUUCCCUUUUAUUCCACAAGUUGUGUCCUUAAGGGGUUAAGUUCACAGGUGGUGCUAUUAAUGCUGGACAUGACAUGUUAUUUAUGUUGUUCUUUUUAUUUUAAGAGAGGAAAAGAGAUGAAUGUCACCCAGUUCCCACUGAAGUGACCCUUACUUCUGGACAAUGUAGUGCUACGGUAAGCAGUCAAGAAAUUGUAUCAACCAAUCACAACAAAGACUUAGGAGGACAACCAAUCCAUUUGAGUUUUUGAGUAAAUUUCCAUUGAGCAUCAGUGCUUAAAAUGUUUUAUUAAUUAGAAUGCUUAUUUAUCCUUGAGAAAAUACAUUUCAGCAUCAUUUUAAUUUGAGCUAAUGUGCAAUUAAACAUAUAGAAACUUAUAUGUUGCAACUAUUUUUUUUUUUCAUGAUGGUUUUUCAUAACCAUCAUUUGUGGAUCACUAGUGCAGUACUCUUUCUAAAUCUAACUUUACUUACUUUUCAUUAUAUCUGUAAAUAUUCACUUUCACACACUACUAGACCCAUGGAUAGUAUUGCACCAUUUGUUACCAAUUUGUACAUAAAAGUGCUUUUAAUAGAUAACCGAUAUCAUAGUAUACAUUUGUGUUUUCUAAUAAAAUUAUUGUAUAGAAAAUUUUAUAUCUAGGUUUUCUUUGAACAACUUAAUGUUUGCUUUAUACUUCAAAUGUUGUUGUUUUUUCUUCAUUAUGAUUUUUUCCACCUGAUCAUUUCUCCAGCUUUGCUUUUCGGCUGACUAUUCAAAUCCGUAGAUUCUAACAUUGACCUAUUAUUGUUUGUGUUUAGGUGGUCCUGUCAUCAUGCAGUGGAUACUGUUACUCUAAGUCUGACUUCGACAGCCUUUGGAACCCGAUCCCCAAAUGUCGGUGCUGCUCUGCAACAAAGACUCAUGAAAAGAACUUUGAGCUUCCCUGUCCAAAUGGUUCAAGAGCUCGUCUAACAGUUCUGGAAGCAAAGGAAUGCGGUUGCCAUAAAUGUUCAGAUAAUUACGAACAUAGCGGUAGCGGAAGCGGAAGUGGUAGUGGAGAAGAGGGCAGCGGGUUCCUGUUAUGGUCAAAUUUGGAAGGAAGAAAUUAAGUUUAGAACAUAGAAUAUAAAAGUACAAUCCAUGAAUAUAGAAAAUUGUUAACUAUUUGUUGUUUCAUGCUCUCUCUAUAAUUUUGGAGUGAGGUGUUUCCCUAAAGUCUCUAUAUAUGUUACUGUGAAAUCCAUUUUUAUUUUUUUUUUCAUUUUAGCACACUGUAAUUUUGAUAUUUUCUAGCACAGUUUCCAUCUGAUGAAUACAUAUAAUGCAAAUCAUAAAAUAUUUUCUAUUUUUUUAUAAUCUCAUAAUCUCUAACUAGAACAUCAAUACCUGCAUCUCUAAACCCAUGAACAUCUGAAAAAAUGCAAUACUCGGUGUUUGACCAAACAUAUUUUAUUUUCAGACGUCACAUGACUAACUUCACAUCUACAAAUCACAAAGCACUACAUGAGCCUUGAACAAAUAUUUUUAGGCAAUAAACAAUUAAGUUUAGUUUGCAGAAGUCAGGCAUCUUCAAAUGGUUCUCAUUCUUCCUAGAUGUAGCUUGAUAUAGACUAUUACAUAAAUCUACGGUAUUGUCAGACAUUGUCAUAUAGAACUUCCAAAUUAUAGUUCUCUCAAAUAGAUCAAUGUGCAUGGCAAAGAAUAUGUAUAAGCCCCAAACAGUGAAACUACAAAGUUUUCAUUUUAAGUUCAGUGUGAUGUGGAAUGCGUUGGCUAAAAAGUGGUAAAUGCAUAUCUGUCAAGCAUAGAUUUGCCAAUCCAAUUCUGACAUUUCGGAUACAUAAAGUGGCAUGUUUUUUUUUAUGUUUUAAAAACCGGUACAAUGAAGAAUUUUUAGCACUUUUUAAAUCUAAUGUAACUCCAUUUGUAUUGGAUGAUGUAAAAAAAGAAAUAAUACUUUUCUGGCAAUUUUAUAGAUUUUGUGCGUCAGAAACUGAGUUCAUGUAUAGUGUUUAACACUGUAAAUAAUUAUAAAAUAAGAUAUAUUACAUGGUUCUAGAGAUGUGGGCUCUGUUAAGAUACUUUAUUUGUAUUGUGUGUUGUAUGACAGAUAAUAACUAUAAAAUUGUCAUGAAAAACAAAAAAAAUUGUUUUGUAAACAUUUGUUUCUUUUUGCCUAAAGUGCAUCACAGUGAUUUACUGCCUGGAAACAUCUGCUGUAAUUUCUUGAAUAAAUUCUAUUCCUUUAUAAAUGUUGC